AUGGAGAGCGAGAGUACAGUAGAACUGCUAGAAUCUGCAGUAAUGGAUAUUCAUGAAUUCCAAAGCUUGGAAAGUAAGGUAUGUCCUGUCCGUGAGUUGACUGAGCACAUUUGGCAAUAUGGGUCCGAUGCUAUCCGAGGGCAAGAUACUAAAUGUUUCGAAUCUUUCUACUGGUUUCCAUGGUGACUGCUCCUUAUUUACAACUUUAUCUCAGGAUAAGCACCUAUUCUUGCUCUUACGUACCAGGUAAAGCAGACCCUUCUUGCCCAUGGGUUGUUAAAUCUGUAUAUUCUUUUUGAUGUUUCUGAUAUGAUUUACAUGGCAUUUCACUAAAAUGAGAAUUCAAAGUGAAUUUAUAACUUAAGACCAGAGUAGCUGAAUAUAAAGCAUAGGGUAAUUAGAUAAUUUUAACAGUUUGGCUACUUUGACCUUAAAUUUGAAAUUCACCUUGAAUUCUCACCUUAGUAACCGUGUUAGUGCGAAUAGUCUACUCGAUCUCUGUUGAUUUUAAAAGCUUGUGGUGUGUUUAGAAUUGUACAGAUCAGCUCUGUGCUUUAGGCUACAGAUUAUUUUGCCUUACAUUCUACUUGAGCUCCUAUGUCUAAUGUAGACCUGCUCCCCGCUUUAGCGUACUGCCUGGCUUACUCUAGAUUCUACUUGAGUUAAAUCACUGUUAUCCAAAUGUUGAAUUUCUAGUUAUGUAGAUAAAUAGCUUGAAAGCUGAUCUUCUUUCUGACAUUUUUAUUUGGGGAAAAUUUACGAUCUAUUAUGUUGCCUCCAGACUUCUUAGAGGAUCUUUUCAUAACUAGUUUUUCGGUUUUUUUUUUUUUUUUUAUUCUUUAUUUUUGCAGUGCGUAUAGUGGUUACAGGCAUACAUAUGGUACCCCAACGGCAUUCCAUAUGCUGAUAUCUAGACAUUAGUUACAGUGGGGGGUAGAUAGACAAUGCACUUUUUUUUUCCGUUACGUAAAGAUAACAAGCUAAUAGGUGUCGCUUUAUGGUAUAACAUGCUUGGUUAAAAUUGCGUUUAACUUCAACUAAUUGCACAUCAGAUUGUAGUAAUAUUGCCAUGACAGUAAUCUAAGACAAUUUAAGACAUAGAGGUUGCUUGACAAAUUAAUCCAGAAGGGCAUCCAGAUGCAGCUCUACCAGACAGUACAUAGUUGUAGAAAUCAACAGUACAUGCAAUUUAACAUGAGUAUAGUAGACGCUUUUCAUCCCCUGAGUCUAGUAGGGCACUUUGCUUAGUAGGGUAUGCAUUCUGGAAUAUCAUUCUAUGUGGCAUUCUUACUGGUUCUGCACAGACCUAUACUAGGAUACAGGUAACAAGCUAGGCACAUAGAAGUAAAUAGGCUGUGCUAGAGUUACAGGCUAUUCUGGCGUGUCACAUUAUUAAAUAUUAGAGGAUUAGCUGUCUAGACAACAGAGUAAAUUUGAAAGUAGGUAAACUUAUGCAACAUAGUGAGCAUGUCAACGGGUUACAUAUGCACGGAUUAAGCCAUAAAAAAUGCGUGAGAGUUUUAUUUAUUUUUACCCCCCCAGGCCCACUUCAGCAAGAUGAAAGUCCUUGGCUGUGUGGCUUGAGACCCGUCCAUGCAGUACAAAGGCACAGGAACCCGGGAACCGCCGUGUCAGUUGCAGUCCAGCCGAGUGGCAGUGUGCUAGUCCCCCUGUGGUGUGCCUGUGGUGCCGUCCAGCGCCUGCCUCGGGCAGGAGACAGAUCCCCGCCGCCAUGUUGUUUUCCAGUGCGAUCUUGUAGUCGCGUGCUGUCGGUCGCGUGUUCCCGCUUCUGCGCGGCUAUCUGAGAGGGUCAGCGUGUGUGGCUCCGUCGCCGAGGCUCCGUCUCUCACCGUGAGUGUGCCUGACUGUGUGUGGGUGGUCGCUCGCAGGCGCCGGUCUCCACCCGUUGUUUGUGAUGAUGCCUGCGGAGGUAUAAACUGGCUCCAGCUUCUCCACCACGGUUCAGCUUGUCCCAGGAUGCUUGCUUGUUUCUUUGCUUCCCAUGUUGGCUUGCCGGCAGCGUACAGUGGGGACGUGUUUCUUCCUUCAUGCUUGGGUAGCUCGCCAUGUGGUCUCCGCCAUUUUGGUUGCGGUCUCUGCGUUUUGGGGUAGCUCUAUAGCAGCCUGGGGUGCUGGUUCUUCCGCAUGUCGGCAGGCCCAGGGUGGGGACCGGGAUCACCCCCGCCGGUCCAAAGGGGGGGGGGAACAGGGCCGGACCCCCCUAGCCUCAUGCUUCGCUUUCACCGCUGGUGGGCAGGAUAGCUGGGCAGCGGCCGUCCACCCCGCUCACCGCCCAAGCGGUCCCCAUCGUGGGUGACGGAGAGAGCGCCCCUCCGAGGGACUAGAACUUUGCAGCAAGCCUCUCCUCGGAACCAGGGUGGCUUCUUGCUCUGGGUAGCUGUUGCCAGUUGUUAGGUAAGUAUAAAGUCGAGUUUUAGUGUUAAAACUGGGAGAGAUUGCAGGAGCUGCACGAUCGUGCGACCGCUCAGCAUGGCGGUCCGGCCCCGCCCCCCUGUUUUUAGUUUUUUUUUGGGGGGGGGGUUAUAUAUAUUCUUUACUUUCAGGGAUAUGGUUGAUCAUACUUUAGUUUUGUACUAUACUACUGACAUGUUGUUCCAACCAGUUUGCAUAUACAGGUGGUCCUCAUUUAGCGACCUACUUGUUUUAUGACGGCUCGCACUUAGGACCAGGUUUAAGUGGGAGCUGUCGUGGGGAUUCCCUGCUCUGGUGCGCAUGUCUAUGUUCAGGGAAACUUACCCGAACAUAGAUGAAUGCACGAGAGCAGGGAAUCCCUCUAAUUUAUGUUCGGGGGAAUUUCCCCGAGCAUAGAUUAGAGGGAUUCCCUGCUCGUUGAUGAUAGAAUUGUGCAUAUACAAGAUAUUUCCUUUAGUAGAGUGAUGAGACGAAUCCUUUUGAAGAAUUGUUUUUAUGACUGUUACACAUCUUUGUAACUAAAAUGCUUUGGUAUCUGGUACAUCAUCAAUCCUUUUGUCUAGGGUUUAGGCCCCAGUAUUGGGGGAGUGGGGGAGGGGGAGGGAGUGUCUCUAUCCAUUAUUAAACUCACGUUUUCUGACUGUUCAAUGACAAACACAUCAAAACUAGUUUUGUUGACAACAUAAAUCAAAGACGUGUUUUGGAAAGACGUUGUAUUGUAAGGCAAUAACACUUUUUUUCAACCUUGUAGAUUUAUUGCCAUUUUGUUUCCCUACAAAACCUGUUUUAUCGACCAAGGCUUGAUAGAUCUACUGUUAAUAAUCGCUUUGUGUUAUUACUUCUCUGUUUAACUGCGUAAUAGUUUGUGCAUCCAUCAGAUCAGCAUGAAUUGUGUAAAAGUAUCUAGUUACUUGAGGUGUCCUAGCAGCUAAGCUACCCCAAUGGAGACCAAGUCCGCCAGGAUUAUCACAUAAUAAAACCAUUGUCUAGUAUUUAUUUGCUUUCUUUAAUAAGAAGCCAGUUCUUGCUGCAAGCAGUCACAAUGUUUACGUCCUGCACUGACAAACACAUGCUGGGGAUUCCUACUUCCGCAUAACCUGAUUAUGGUCGUGUAAUCUGUUGGUGACAAGCACUGAACUAUGAUAACAAACAGGUCAUGGAAAAUUGUAUUAUAUGAUUUAUUUUUUAUCAGUACAAGCAAUACUAUGGUAUUCCUUAAUUGCGUUGUUUGUUUGUUUUUUUGGUGAUUGAUGCUAGGAUCGCUUAAAAUUCUUUUUUUUUGUAUAUAUAUAUAUUUAAGUAGUUUGUAGUGAGACUUUUAUCGUUUGUUUGUGGGGGUUUUUGUUGUUGUUUUUUUGUUUUGUUUUUUAUGUUUCCGGUUUUAGUGUCUAUGACUGUGUGAAGUCAUUGGUAUAUAAAAUAACUGUGUUUUACUUUUGCUCUCUGGGUGUCCUGGACAUUUAAACAACAGAAUAUUGUACUGUUAAGGAGUGAUCUACGUUACGGUCUAUGUGCUCCUUAUCUGUCUGGUAUCCAAGAAUAUCAAAAAAGUUAUUCAUAAGUUUAAGGCAUGUGGUUUGUGGACACCCAGAGAAGUCCACUUCUUUGGCAGAACACAAAACAGAGGGACCAGACAGUCAUAUGACUCCUUUUGAAUCCUUUUGAAGUAAAUACCCAAUGAUGUCUCCUCUCUCCAAAAAGAUGAAUUAAACUCCAAGUGAUGUAGUAGACAACAUAGAUUAGCAUUAUUUUUAUUUUAAUUUUCUGUUAUGUAGCACAAACGUAAAAGAUCACAUUUUGUAUAAUGUCUAGAUCAGUGGUGUUAAUCUUUACGCUAACACGAUUCUACUUCGUUGAACUACCGGUACUCUUUUUUUAAAAUGUCAACAUAACAUUUUGAGAGAGGAAGAAAUAUUGUACAAAAAUAAGAAACACAUUAGUCAUACUCAAAUCUCUUUCUUAACAGAAAAUUAGAGGAUGUAGAAGUGAGAAAUAUAACACGUGCCCACCAGACUAUUUAGUGCUGCCAAAUUGUAUUCGUUAAAGGUCAGCAUUCAAGAACCGGAAAAAAAUAAAAAGUUUAAUGCUACUUAUAUUGGCUAGCUCUAUUACAUAAAUAUAAACACACACAAAAGCACUAGGAUGCUUUUAUAAGCAAGAGACAAAUUGUGUAAUUCAUCACUUUUCCCCCCUUCUUUUUCUUAUAUCGUAUCCAAUCUAACACACCAUGUACAAUUACAAUUGGUGGUUGAUUUUUCAGAUCUAGAUUACAACAAUGCUGGUGUGGUCAAUAGAAUGAUUUGCACUGUCUUGAAUAGUGGUGGCUCUAAGAGAAGUUGGCAAUAUAAUACCGAAAUGAAUGGUUAACUCUUUGUAUGUAAUGGCUAGAUCUACAUUGGCUAUAUUAUUCUGCAAGGAGCAUACUCUUCUCGUGAUUUGUGGCAAGAAAGUAGCAAUGGCGAAGAUGUUUAUAAUUAAUGCAAAGCGGGGAGGUUUGCAGCAUUAGGUGCGAGUUUUAGAUAUUUGUCAGAAGAAUUACGUGGAACAAGUUGCCGUAAUACACCUAUUAAUUGAAUUGGAUAUCUCAACACAUUUAAUUCACAUUGUUCAUAUUCCAAUGAAUAAACCAAAUAAAUGAACAUGCAUUAAAAGUCUUCCUGUUAAAAGGGGUGCAACUGAUCAACGGCUUUGCCCAACAUUUAUCAUAAACCAUACCAAUAUCCAGCACACUUGGAGUAUAUUCAUUGCUUUAUUGGUGUACUCAGAAAAAAUCUUAUCAUACCCUAGGAAUACUUUUUUUUUUUCUUCUUAUUAAAGAUAAAAGUGAGUAGCAUCACCCAAUGAAAGAAUGAAAGAAACUACUGCAAAAAAAUUGAAUUGGGAAAAAAAACCACCCCAAAAGUCAGAUUUGUGAUAGUUUUUCUGUUUGCUAAUUCUAAAAAUUCUACAGAAUAGCCAGCAUUAUCUAUUUCUUUCUGGGUGAGCCACCGUAAAAGUAUAUUCUAAUGUGUGUGAACAUAAAUGUUAUUGUGUUUGGGAACAAACUUGGAAAUUAUUACUGUUUAUACUUUGUAUUUUGGAACACUUCUAUAGUUACACCUCAGACCACUUGAGUACUAAAAUAAUUUAACUUUAUUUCCUUACAGCAUAAACCGUGGCAGAAGAUCAGGACUAUUGUGAAUAUUCCCAUCAUCAGUCCAUUUAAGAGGCGUUGGGUGCAGCUUGCUGGGCAUACAGGUGAGAUAACUUGAUAGAAGACAGACACUGCAGACACUGACAAAAAUGUGAUUUAGUGACAAAAAAAUAUAGGCAAUCCACUAUAAAACAAUUUUUAUUUUUUGUAUGUUUUUACCCAGUUUUCCAGUGGGGAAGGCAGCAUUUUCGUGGUAACUGGUGGCAAUGCUCUGAAUUCUGUUCAGUGGGCUGUAGUGGUUAUGACGGCUAGAGUAACUCUUUAAUAUGGUGACCCAAUGCUGCAGCCCCAAAAUCAUAUAUGUUUACCAAUUUUAUAUAUGAAACAAGUUGUCUGAGAAAUAAACAUUUGAUCUGAUAAUGCCUUCGCAGUCGUCGCAUGUAGUUUUUCAUUUAGCAGACCGUGGAGCAAGUGACUCCAUAACUGUAGCCCAACGUUAGCCUAGUUAAGAGAACAAAAAACAUGUCUUAAAGCCGCCCCAACCCCCACCCCCCUUGUGUAUAUAUCUUUUGAUACUAGGUGAUGGAAAUAGGUAAGCUCUAAGUAACAUUCCUUUCACUGCUACCUUGUGAUGCAACACUACUUGCAAACAUUCCGUAUGUAGAACGCAGGCGAUAUAUAUCUUUGUAUGCUCUGCAUUGCUAAGACUCCACUUCACCAGUCAUUGUUUCUCUUGGGGUAAUCUCGAGGUCAGGUAUUUCAUCAUUACUGUCCCACCAUCAACCACUCCCUUCUGUUCUGUUCUUUUCUGUAAAUGCGUUUCACUAUAUUUUAGUCUGUUUUGUAUAUUUCACUAAUACUGUAACCACUAAUUUUUACGUAUAUAUGUGGCAAGCCUUUUUUUAUGGAUUGAUUAUUAUGAAGGAACACCUGGUGUUUGAAAUUUCUAGUCCUAACCUUGGAUUUCCUGUUAAUUAUUAACUAACCUAUUCAAGUCAUACUUGUGAAAUCAGGGCAAUUAGUCUACUGUAUAAAAUAGAAACAGAAAUAAAUGAAUUAAUCGGCUGUAUUUCACAAGACGACAAACAUUAAUUACUAGGCUUCUUUAACUCUAAGUCAAACAAUACUUAAAAUAAAAUUUCAAGCUCUAAAUCCACUACAGCACACUACAGUGGUUAUAGUACCAGUAAUGCCCUUUGAGAUCUUACCUGCGGGCUGUAGUGGUUAUGGUGCUUGGAAUAUUCCUUAAAAGGAUUUCUCUAAGUACCAAAAUAACUUAAUGAAGUAGUUUUGGUGUAUAGAUCAUGCCCCUAUAAUCUCAUUUCUCACUUCUGUGGUGUUUACUCUUAAAUCACUUUGCAUUGACAGCACCUCCCCGCAUGGGCGUCCGCAGGGUGGGGAACAGGGGGCACGUUUUCAGCUUGUUCUGCUAUUUUUCGUGUGAGAUUUAAAAUGAACUGCAAUACCUGCGCCGGCCAGUAGGUGGCGCUGUGUAUGGAGAGACAGGGAAAGGAAGCUAAGCUGCAUCUUAUCCCUGCUUCUCUCUGCUGAUUGAAACCGCAGGGGAGCAGCACAUGCAGGCAACAGAGACAGCCUACAGAUCAGGUAAGUGAGGGAUGGGGGGGUUAAAAUAGACUAUAAAUUAGGGGAGUGAGGGAUGGGGGGGCAGCCUAUAGAUUAGGCAAGUGAGGCAUAUGGUGGCAGCCUAUAGAUUACGCAAGUGAGGCAUGGGGGGCAGCCUAUAGAUUAGGCAAGUGAGGCAUUGGGGGACAGCCUAUAGAUUAGGCAAGUGAGGCAUGGGGGGGCAGCCUAUAGAUUAGGCAAGUGAGGCAUGGGGGCAGCCUAUAGAUUAGGCAAGUGAGGCAUGGGGGGAAGCAGCCUAGAUUAGGCAAGUAAUGCAUGGGGGCAGCCUAUAGAUUAGGCAAGUGAUGCAUGGGGCAGCCUAUAGAUUAGGCAAGUGAGGCAUGAGGGGGCAGCCUAUAGAUUAGGCAAGUGAGGCAUGAGGGGGCAGCCUAUAGAUUAGGCAAGUGAGGAAUGAGGGGGCAGCCUAUAGAUUAGGCAAGUGAGGCAUGAGGGGGCAGCCUAUAGAUUAGGCAAGUGAGGCAUGAGGGGGCAGCCUAUAGAUUAGGCAAAUGAGGCAUGGGUGGUAAACCUAUAGAUUAGGCAAGUGAGGCAUGGGGAGCAGCCUAAAAAUUAGGCAAGUGAGGUAUGGGGGGGCAGCCUAUAGACUAGGCAAGUGAGGCAUGGGGGGUGGGGGGCAGCCUAACUAAAGAGUCUGCAAGGAGCAGGGGCAGCAAGGAGCAGGAAGGGUAUGCAAGGAGCAGGGGAGGCAAGGGUCUGCAAGGAGCAGAAAGGGACAGAAGGAGCACAAAGGUAAAGGAGCAGAAAGAAUCAGAAGGAGCACAAAGGUAAAGUAGAAGAAGGAGCAGAAAGGGACAACAAGGAGCACAAAGGUAAAGUAGAAGAAGGAGCAGAAAGGAUCUGCAAGGAGCAGAAAGGAAUCAGAAUGAGAAAGGAGCAGAAGGGCACAAAAUAAGCACAAAGUAGCAGAAAGGUAAAGGAGCAGAAGGAGCCAAAUAUAGAAGACAGUGUCAGAAGAAAAAGAAGACUGUCAAAUGAAUGAGAAGAAAAGGAGAUUGGAGCAGGAAGGACAAAUGAAGUGAACCCUCCACUUUAUUCUGGACACCACAUCAUAAGGCUUUGGUACCUGGGCCUGGCAGGGAAACUCUGGACCUUCUCAUCUCCCCAGGUAAAAAGAAAUAUCAGUGUUAAUCUGUUCACUUUAAUUUACUGAGUGUCAGGAAGCACAGAGUGCCGCUGGGUAGGGGUGUUGCUGAUUGGCUAGAGCGGUCAGCUGGCACUCUAAGCCAAUCAGUAGCUCCCCAUUCAUAAAAAAGUAAAACACUCUUAUGAACCGGGAACUGGCGAUUGGCUUAGAGAGUCAACUGUCCACUCUAGCCAAUCAGCGGCACCCAUGCCUGACGUCAAUCUGCACUUCCUGACACUCCGUUUCAGAUGCCGAAUACCACUGAGCGACCUGAAGCUGGAGGAAGCCUUUGGGGUUAAACCAUUUGAGAGCGGUUUAACACCUUAAAGGAAAGAGAGCACCCAGGGGCUUCCUGGCAUCAUAGCAUUUUCAUUUAGAUUAAGUUGUUAUGGUGACCAGAAUGUUCCUUUAAUUUGCUUAAAGGAACACUAUAGUGUCAGGAAUACAAACAUAUAUUCCUGACACCAUAGUUGUGAAAACGCUAUUCACCCUGGCUUUAUGUGAUAAUGGCUAUGCCCCCUUCCCUUUCAUGACACUGUCAAAAAGGUACCAAGCAUGGAUUUCAUUACAAUUAUGCUCCCACCUGGAUAAAUUCCUGCGGAUGCCCAUGCCUCCCCGGCACAUUACCCAAAUACAAUACUGUUUUCUAUAUUAAAUGUCACGAUUUGCUUGUGAGUGGGAUUAUUUUCUCUCAUUGCUCUGCCUGCCAGUAUUGGUCCCAGUUCCCACUCUGUAGAAACACCUUAUGGAAAAAUUACCUGCGCACAACCAAAAGAUAUAACACCACCUGGAAGAAUUCACAGUAACAAAACCAUUCUAGAUCUAUUCCAAGACUAUUGCUUAUCACAGGUAGAUGAUGGCAUACAUUAAUUACAAAUAUAGCAUUUUACCUACUGUUAAAUUAUUAUUGCAGGGAUAUUAAUUAUUUUGUGGGGGGUGGAGGGGGGGGGGUUUCUGGGCAGCAAACUUCCUAUUUGUAAAGUAUCAAUGAAUUAAAGAUUAUUAUUUAGCAGCUUUCUAUCAGAUUCGCUGUUAGAACAGGGAUUUUCUUUUUUCCUUCCUGAUUUCAUCAGCGUCAGAUUUGCCAGUAGGUAAGUUAAGUUGCAUCCUAGAGGUUUAAUAGAAAUAUAAAGGACUCCUGGUUGAGUUGCUGAACUCUUCAUACCUAGCUUCAUUGUGGGCAGCCCCCAGCCAUUUGUCAAAAACCAUUCUUAUUUUUUUUUUCCUUUUUGUUAAUACAAUGUAUUUUCUUGGUGGAACCUGGUGGUUUUGUGAGAUGUUAAUCUGACCCAUGACACGUUACAUCCGGUGUGAUGAACCUUGUCAAGUGAACCUGGGGAAGAUGCAUGCAUGUAUUGGCACAUUCCCAAUUCAUGCUCUCGAAGAUUAAGUAUUUAUUGUAUGGUGCAUUACAUCUACAACUGCAGACAGUUUUAGUUGUUGACCUUCUGUAAAAAGAGAACCACUUAAAAAGCAAAUUUUUUAGUUUUUCAUCAUCACAAUUUGGUAAUUUAAGAACGUUUGCAAACCUAGAACAGCCAAAGUUUGUCGUAUUUUAUUUGGCCUUAUGCCGCCAUGCUAUUCAAUGGGUCAUUCCAUUAUAGAAUAGCAUUCUUAAGAGAACAUUCCACUGACCAUGACAACUUCACCUCAAUGAAAUUGUUAUGGUGCCAGUAGGUACUUGGCAUCGUAUUACUUUAAGGGGUUAAACCAUUUACAAACUGUUUAUCCCCAAAUUUGUGAAGGUGGUGCCCGCCCACUCUGCACCCUGAUUUUAGUAAAGACAUGGAGGCUCCUAUUAUGCUUCUCUUUCUUUCAUUUUCCCUCAGCAGCCAAGAGAAAAAAUGUAUGUAAAAGAGAAAAACAACAUAACAUUAGCAUAUUCAACAGUGCUACUAAUCAGUAUCCACCCCCUUCAGCAUAUAAGGUGAAGCACUCUCUUCCUCUUCCUCUUUCUUCGCUGCUCGAUCAGACCAGCUAAGUACAUUAUUCUCCUACUUGCUUUGUGAUAUAAUUGAUCUGGGACUGUAUAUGUUAUCCCUAUUCACUUAGGGGCUUAUGUUUUUGCUCCCACUAGUUUACUUUUACUAUUAUUACUGUCUAUGACUUCUUAACUCAUAUUUAGAUAUUGUAGUGUUAUUUGUGUAUUUACUGCAUUAUACUGUAUUUGUGUCCCCUGGGUCCUGUGGUGUUCGGCAGGUCUGCCUUGUCUGGCAAAUCAGGGUCUUUUCCCCCCUCUGGGUGGGUGCUUUUCUCCCUGGCCCCUCUCCCGACCGGGAACUGUUACGAGGGCUUCCUACCCUCACCCCGUUCCUGGCUCCCUUCAUUAUACCCGCCGGCUUCCACGUGGCGGUUAGUUUUUUACUUUAACUUUCGCCGCUUGCGAGCGCCGCUCAUGCGCACUACACUUGCGGCGGCCAUCUUUUUGGUUUUCUGUCGCUGCCCUAUGCCGGCGGCCAUUUCAACACUCAUGCUGCAGUUUUGAACGGAUCUAGACGCUGCACACAAAGCUGCUCCACUAAAAUCACCCAGGAUUUGCUACUUUUACUCUCAGAUUACCCCUACCCUGUGCUUGGAUUAAGCAAUCCUGCACCUUUUGUCUUUUAUUUAUUUUCUUCCUUGCACUCACUUACUGUAGUCAUGCAGUCAGCUGGAGAGGACUCAGGAGGUGAGGACCUCCCGGGAACACAAUUCCCAUCUAGACAGACUCAUGCCAAGGCACAGUCGGAAACACCUGGGGCAGACACAGCCCGUGACACAAAGGAGACACUUGCGUUCGACACAGACAAUUUGAGACACCCUUGCUCCGCUGAAUGGGAGCGCUCUGAGCACAUCGCUUAAUACCUAGCUCUCAGAGUACGUAAAUCCCUCUCCCAGGAGGGUCGUAAUAAGCUGAGGGCGGAAUGCCCCUGACCUAUCAUACCAGAUGCAGUGGCAAAAAAACCCUGAAGUCGACCCACAAAUUGCCCAAUUUUUGGCUAAGAUCGGUUGAAAGUUCGAAACGGUCAGGAUAAGUUCCUAGACACUCUGGGUCCGGUCACUAAGUUAUAUGAACUGCUUGAAGCAGCUCAGUCGGGCGAGGCACAACUGUAUUUUGAUGUAGCAUUUGGAUGGCUCCAACGCCUGGUUUGUAUGAUCGGCAACGCCAACACGGCCAUGUCUACCGAAUGCAGGAAAGCCAUCCUGCUCAAGAUCGAGCCCAAGCUAGCUAGCAUGGCUCCCAAUGAACCAGGUGCCUCCGCAAAAGGCUUGUUGUUCGGAGAGUCCUUCUCAAAGGACCUGGGCUCCUAUGUAAAGACCUUCAUGGCCUUGGACAAAGCCCAAUCAUCCAUCAAACGUGUCUUCAACCAAAAGGUUUUUGGUGGGGCCGGUAGAGGUAGGAGCUGUCUAUCCGGCCGGAAUCCCCGGGGUUUUUCCAGAACGGGCAGAGGCUCCUUCAACCCUCAAAAACUGAACCAAGAGCAUUCCUACACUCCGUUCUUCCCUUCACGAGGAAGACCUUGGAAUGCCUGCGGCGAUCAAGGAGCAUCCACAGGAAAACACCCUUAUGGUGAGUGCACUGUUUCCCCAUUUUUCCCAUAUAAAUGUGGGGGGCAGAUUGGCCUUGUUCUAUCAGGCCUGGGCUAUGAUCACAUUCGACAGUUGGGUGUUGCAGACUAUAGAGGGUUACCACCUAGAAUUGACGGCCUUUCCCGUUCAGGGCACCCCUCCGUGGGUGCUUCACAUGUCACAAUCCCACCACGAUCUCAUCUCUUCGGAGAUCAGGGAACUGCAAGCCAAGAAGGCUAUAGAGGAAAUCCCUCUAGAUACUCCAGGUUUUGUGAGCAACCUGUUCUUAGUGCCGAAAAAGGGAGGAGGCAUUCGCCCGGUUAUAAACCUGCGGCCCUUAAACGCCUUUGUCCAAUAUCGACGCUUCAAGAUGGAGGGCAUACAUUGCUUCCUAGACCUACUCCUCCACGGGGACUGGAUAGUCAAACUAGAUUUGCAGGACGCAUAUCUGACAGUCCCGAUAGCGGCAGAGCACAGAGAUCUGCUUCAAUUCCCGUGGGGGACAAAGAAAUGGUGUUUCACAUGCCUUCCCUUUAGACUGUCCUCCGCUCCCUGGUGCUUAACAAAAGUACUGAAACCAGUGGUUACCUUCCUCAGACUACACGGGGUCCGGCUUAUUAUUUAUCUGGAUGAUAUCCUCCUGCUCUCCGGGACGCGGUCCCUACUGUUGGUUCAUUUAUCAUGCACCCUGCAUCUCAUUCAGAACCUCGGUUUCCUGGUGAACUGGAAGAAAUCGGUUCAAAGACCUUCACAACAAAUGGAAUUCCUGGGAUUCCGAGUCGACUCCGUUCGACAGAUUCUAUGCCUCCCGGCAGAAAAGAUGUCCAACAUCAAAAAAGAGAUAAGGCGACUUUUGAACCGCCCGGACAUCUCCAUGAGACAAUUGGCACGGGUCAUUGGACUAUUGGCGGCCUCCAUCCAGGCGAUCUUUCCGGAUCCGCUUCACUACCGGGCGCUACAACGGCUGAAAGCGACCUGCUUAAGAAAUGGCCACUCAUACGAAUCCCAUGUUACUCUGGACGUGGAAUCCAGAGAAGAACUGAACUGGUGGUUGACCCACAUGGAAGCGUGGAACGGACGAGCGAUCUUCGGUUCCACCCCGGACCUGGUGAUAGUUGGAUGCCAGCUUACAUGGCUGGGGCGCGCGCUGUGGCUCCAUAUCCACCGGAGGCAGAUGGUCCACGGACGAAUCGUUUCUACAUAUAAACUCUCUGGAACUACUAGCAGCCUCGUUUGCCAUCCGCAGCCUCUCACCCAGCGGCAUCUCAUGCUCGAUCCUACUUAAACUGGACAAUGUCUCAGCAGUACGGUAUAUAAACCAUCUGGGAGGCACCAAGUCACGCAUCUUAGCGGUCUUGGCUCGAGAUUUUUGGCAUUACUGUUUACAGAACAAUGUGUCCGUUACCGUGGAACACACCCCAGGCCUGGACAAUUACACCACGGAUUGGAAUUCCCGUUACCUGAGGGACUCGGGAGAUUGGAGACUUCAACCGAAUGUGUUCCACAAGAUCACCCAAUAAUGGGGACCUUUGAGUGUGGACCUGUUUGCGUCCAGACUGAACACGCAACUACCUCGGUUCUCCAGCUUGCGAGCAGACCCGGAAGCCAUGGCAACCGAUGCAUUCCUCCAGGAUUGGACCAAAGGCCGGGCUUAUGCCUUCCCUCCAUUCAAUCUGAUUGCUCGAUCCCUGGCAUACCUCCGACGCUACAAGAGCACGAUGGUCCUGAUAACCCCAUGUUGGAGGUCCCAACCUUGGUUUCCCCACCUAUUGGAAAUGGCGAUCAAUCGCCCACGGUUGUUACCAGAUCACCCAUCUCUUCUAACCAAUCCGGACGGGGAGAGUCACACUCUGAUAGAACAAGGGCUCCUCCGUCUCAUGGCGUGGCUCCUUUCCAGGGACCCUGGGAAAUCACAGAAGUUUCGAGAACAACUACACAACUUCUGGUAAACGCAUGGGCACCGGGAACACGACAUGCCUAUACUGCGGCUUGGAGACAGUGGGCCAAUUGGUGCUUGGAACGAUCGUUGGAUCCUGUAUCAGCCUCUGUGAAGACGGUGUUGGAUUUCCUGACACAUCUGUUCGAAUCAGGCAAAGCCUUCCGCACCAUCAACCUGUACCGCUCUGCAAUUUUGGCGGGCCAUGAUAAGGUGGACGGACUCCUACUCGGACAGAACCCCUUGGUCUGUCGUCUGCUUAAGGGUGUUCGUUUCCUGCGCCCACCUAAACCUAUAUAUGGAUCCUUUUGGGAUGCCAACGUGGUGUUCAAGCUUCUGGACGAAUGGCCCCAUAACACGGAAUUGUCUUCAAAACAAUUGUCGGCAAAACUGCUUAUGCUGUUUUGUCUACUAUCCUGUAAAUGAGUGUCUGAUGUAAGAGCUUUGGAUUGGCAGGCCCGCAUGUUCACUCCGGAUGGAGUGUCAUUCGAUAUCUCGCGGAGAACGAACUCGGCAACUAAACAGGUCUUUUACCCAAGAAUCGCAAAUCAACCCAAUCUGUGCCUGAAAGAAUACGAAUCUCGCACUUCUGCUCUACGCCCGUCUAAUGACGGACCUCUGUUCAUCUCACUGAAGAAACCACAUCUCCCUGUAACUACACCUACGCUCGCCCGUUGGGUCAAAUGGUUAUUGGCUUCGGCCGGGAUAGAUGUCUCUGUUUUCUCAUCCCACUCCGUCAGGGGCGCUAUGGCCUCUAAGGCAUCGGCGAUAGGGUGUCGAUUGGAAGACAUCUUGAAGGCCGCAGAUUGGUCUACAGAAUCCACAUUCCGGAAUUUUUAUUUUAAACCUAUACAGCACUUCUCAGAAAGGGUUAUAGCUCCGCUUUAAAAGAGCAUAAUAGGAGCCUUCGUGUCUUUAAUAAAAUUCCAAGAUUUUACUAUUAACAUGAUGUAAAGUCAUGAUUUUAUUAAUGACACGGAGGCGAGUAUUAUUCCCUCCCACCCUCCCUGGGUGGAGUUUGUGGGAUUCACAUGCCUGUCAGUCUUAGAUUGUGUCUGCCUCUAUCCUCCUACCUUACAGGUUGGAUUUUCCUGUCUCUUAUCAGAUAAUUGACUAUAAAGCUUAGCUUAUCACGCUAGUUUUACAAUACGUUUUCAUGUCUUAUGAUGUUAUGACUAUGGUUUUUCUCCAGACCUAGGUAGCCAUAUAUAUAUUGUGGUAUGUUACAACCAGGUGUCAAUCGAGAUAUUACCAUAUUUCUCCUCUCUUUUAGCCUGAAUACUUAUAUCGGGGUGAUAAAGAAAAUUUCAAGGACGGCUCUACUGUUUUCCCAUAAAUAAUGGAUGUAUGACUGCUAUGCGAUGUUACAGUUCUGGUUCAAGUUUAUCGUUCGGUUAUUGGCUGGUCUUCGGAUCACUAGAGGAAGAGGAAGAGAGUGCUACACCUUAUAUGCUGAAGGGGGUGGAUACUGAUUAGUAGCACUGUUGAAUAUGCUAAUGUUAUGUUGUUUUUCUCUUUUACAUACAUUUUUUUUCUUUGCUGCUGAGGGAAAAUUAAAGAAAGAGAAGCAUAAUACUCUCCUCCGUGUCAUUAAUAAAAUCAUGACUUUACGUCAUGUUAAUAGUAAAAUCUUGGAAUUUCUGGCUAUGGUCUGAGACUUCAGCUGAUGCUCUCAGUCUACCAUAAGCUCCCCAUUCGCAAAAAACCAAAACCAUUGAUGGAUGAUUUUUAUUUCUUGUUCUGUUUUUCCUUUUGUCAUGUUCUAUUUUGUUCAUUACUUAGUAUAUUAAACUAGUACAAUUAAAAAAAAAUCACUCUUUUCUGCUAAAAUUCUUUUUUAUUGUGCCACUAAUAAAACUUUUGUUUUGUGAGACACAUAGUCACAUAUUUAUUUUUCUACUGUCACACUGUGUUGUUUGUUUGAUAUUCCUAAAUCACUUUCCAAACAACCUUCUUUAUGCACCAGAGGCUGAGAAAUAUGACAUUUUGCAAUUUAAGGAUGCAAACCAUACAAAGCUGUUCGAUGCUGGUAGCAAAUAUUAUUAUACUUUAAUAAGCUUCAGCAUAUUCUGAAACCCACUUACCAUACAUCUAUUUAUUGACUAAGAUAAGGCCUAUUCUACCAAAAUAGAACUUAAUAUAAAUUUUAAAUCAAGGAUGGGAUUUGAUGUGAAACUAGUUUAAAUUAUUAAAUGUAUUGGGAUAUAUGAAAAACACAAGUUAAUUGAGCAAAACAGUAAAGGAAAGGUUCAUAGUGUGUGUUGAGUAAAAGAGACAAAUAUGCAGCACCAUAACCACUACAGAGCAUCACAUUCUGAUCUAGGCAUUAAUCUUUCUGAAAUUAUUUUGGGGUGUAGGGGUUGGAGUUUGAGUAACAGAGGUUUGUCCAAAAAUACAGAAAACAGUGCUUAUGGUAGCUGAAGUUUCCAUUGAGUAACCUGUAGAAGGAACAUGAGGUACAUAGUUAAUAAGAAGAUCAUUAUUGUUCGUUAACUGUAUCUACAGAGGAGUCACUGAUCACAUGGGUGGGUAGGUGUUUAUUUCUGCUUAGAUAAGGGGUAGAAAUAGGAGGAAAGAAAGUAACAUUAAAGGACCACUAUAGGCACCCAGACCACUUCAGCUCCGUUAAGUGGUCUGGGUGCCAGGUCCCCAAGGUCUUAACCCUGCAGUUGUUAACAUUGCAGUUUCAGAGAAACUGCUAUGUUUACACUGAGGGUUAAUCCAGCCUCUAGUGGCUGUCUCACUGACACUGCCAAGGGAGCCCAGCGCUGGAGAAAGGUAAGUGUUUUAACCCCUUCAGCCCAGCGGGAGGGGGGCAAUGAGGGUGGGGGGGACCUAAGGACUACAUAGUGCCAGGAAAACAAGUUUUUUUUUUUCCUGGCACUAUAGUGUACCUUUAAUUAGGUAUGUUUAGGAUGUAAACGUAAGAAUGUGGAAGAUUUUUCAAAAAUCAAGUACAGCACAAAAACUAGAAAAAAAAAGAAAAAGAAGCGGUUAUGGAGCCUACAGUGUCACUUUAAACUUUAGUGUGAUUAUUGAAAAAAAAUUAUUUAAAAAAAACAAACUUUGAUUAUACUUUUCUUAUUUGGUUUUUAUUGCACUGUAGAUAUGAUAUAAUAAACAUCUUAUUGUGGGAAGUUGCCUUAGGAUAAAUGUGAUGUGUCCCAACUGUCAGGAUCUUACCUCAGAUGGGAGUCUGAAGCGCAGAGAUAUUCUCUCACCCUUAUCGAUAAACACAGUCCAAGGUGACCAGGUAAGAAGCCACCUGGACUGUGAGUCUGUGCACGGGGACUGUGAAGGAGAGGUGCUCCAAUACGCAGUACAGACAAAGUCACAAGCAGAAGGAUAGUCAAGGUGUAGCUGAAGUCAGAGGAUGCCAGAGGUCAGAUAAACAAGGAGUAGCCAAAGUCAGAAGAUGCCAGAGGUCAGGAUAAACGAGGAGUAGCCGAAGUCAGAGGAUGCCAGAGGUCAGGAUAAACAAGGACUAGCCGAAGUCAGAGGAUGCCAGAGGUCAGGAUAAACAAGGACUAGCCGAAGUCAGAGGAUGCCAGAGGUCAGGAUAAACGAGGAGUAGCCGAAGUCAGAGGAUGCCAGAGGUCAGGAUAAACGAGGAGUAGCCGAAGUCAGAGGAUGCCAGAGGUCAGGAUAAACGAGGAGUAGCCGAAGUCAGAGGAUGCCAGAGGUCAGGAUAAACGAGGAGUAGCCGUCAGAGGAUGCCAGAGGUCAGAUAAACAAGGAUUAGCCGAAGUCAGAGAGGGAUGCCAGAGGUCAGGACAACAAGGAUUAGCCGAAGUCAGAGGAUGCCAGAGGUCAGGAUAAACAAGGAUUAGCCGAAGUCAGAGGAUGCCAGAGGUCAGGAUAAAGGAGGAGUAGCCAAAGUCAGAGGAUGCCAGAGGUCAGGAUAAACGAGGAGUAGCCAAAGUCAGAGGAUGCCAGAGGUCAAUAAACUAUGAGUGGAGCCAAGGUCAGAAGCCGGGGUCAAUCUGGAUAACAAGCUCAGGAGACUAGAAAGCAAGAACUACACACGUUAACCAGAAUCAAAAAACUGAGAAUGUACUCAGGGAGGGGCAGUGUUUUAUACCCAGCUGAUGAGCUAGCUGCCUCAGGUGAAGCACAGGCAAUAGCCACAGAAGUCCAGCCCCCUAGUGCUGCAGACAUAGCCAGGUAUAACAGGGCUAGAACAACUCAAAAGUACAGGAUCUACUGUGACUCAGAGGCAGUAUAGCAGACAACAAAGGACCCAGGUUCAAAUCCCCUGUCUGGCAACUGUGGGGCGACUGGACGGUGAGAGCCAUGACACAAACAUUUGGCGAGCCAGUUGUGAGUUCUUACCCAGAUGUUAAGAACCACUUAUCUGUAACCUGCAGGCUUCCAUUCAUGGUCCUUUGGGGUUCUUUUGAGAUAAGGGUUAUAUAAAUGACUACAAAUGCCUACUUGUGUGCUUUCUAUAUAGUCAUUUUAUGGUAUCUUCUUUGCAGGCAUGUAACUUGUCCAGUUUGAUAAUUGUCAACUAUGUGGCUUGAUCACUUACAGAGUCACUAUGUAUUUUAUGUCUACUUAAUGCAGUAAUUGUGGUUCUUAUUUUCAUAGGAAGUUUCAAAGCAGCAGCUGGUGGUACAAUUUUGAAACGAUACUCGGAGAAUGAGAAGAAUUGCUUUGAGUUGCUUAUGAACGAUUCCCUGAGCUGCUGUGUCCCUACGUUUCAUGGAGUCGUGGAAAGAGAUGGUGAAAGCUACAUUCAGUUGGAUGACCUACUCAACAACUUUGAUGAGCCCUGUGUUAUGGACUGUAAAAUGGGAGUCAGGUAGGAAUUAUACUUUUUUUAAUUGUUUAUUUUUCCAAAUCUUCAAUGUUCACCUGUUGUUGGGUGAGUCCCUAUUUUGAGUUCAGGUCCUUCUACUAUUUUCUGCUCUAAAGUCAUUCUUUUGUGGGAGCAACAAUUUUUUUUGGUGUUCAUAACAAUGUAAGUCACUGCUUCAUAGAAAUAAAACUCAUAGCAGAGCUGGUGCAAGGAAUUACAACAUCCACCAAAGGACGCAUAUACAACACUUACACAGUGGCGCGUGCAUGAUUUUUGCUGGAGCUUCUUGAUAAUCAUCCAUGCCACACAAUUGAGUUGAGUUUAUUUUGCAAGAUUAAGACUUCCUAUUGUGGCUGUCUACCUGUCUUUUAAGAGAAAAGACAGUGUUUACAUUAGAGCUUAGGGAUAACUCCAGUGGCCACUACUCAGACUGCCACUAGAGGUGCUUCCUGGGUGACCAUCAGUGUCUUCAUGCUCUUCAUGGAGGCGCUGAACUUUCCUCAUAGAGAUGCAUUUAUUCAAUGCAUCUCUAUGAGGAGUUGCUAUUGGCCAGGGUGGUGUUUUGCUCUGCACCUGCCCCUGGCCCGCCUCCUUGGCAGAGAUCAUCAGAAGUGACUAUUUCAGCCAAUCCAAUUCUUUCCUAUGGGAAAACAUUGUGAUUGACUGAGAUCAUUCAUUCUUAUUAUGUCAGCCAAGGAGGCGGUUCGAGGGUGAAGCCAGCACCGGCAGAUCUGCUCUGCGCUGGAAAUAAGGUGAGUUUUUACUAGCUUUAAGGGGUGCAUUAGGGUGUCACGGGGGGCUAAAUAGUUAGUUUAAUACUAUAGGGUCAGAAAUACAUGUUUGUGUUCCUGGCCCUAUAGUGUUUAGUUGUCAAGUCCCUUUUAAAGACAUUAGGAAUUAAACUCUGAGAAAUUCAGAUUUAAAAGUAUUUGCCUCAAACCCUACAUUUUGAUAGUCACAUUUUAACCUGACAUUUUAGAUAGUAAAGUUCUGGGCUUUUUAGAUAGUUUCUUUAGGCUAUACCAUAAAACUACAUCUUCAAAUGUUUGUUUUAUCCUCCAUUUCACCUUACCUGUUUGUUUUUUCCCAUGCAAAGUAAAAUGAUCAGAAUGCUAAGCAGUCCGUACAAAAUGUACUGUCAUAAAUUGAAAGUAGUUGCACCAUACUGUGUCAUUUCACAAUAUCGAAUGUUUCUAUGUUUCUGAUGAGUAUUAGGAGUAUGAAAUGGGAAGCAAAUGAUUUUGUGCACAUGAAAUUUUUUUUAAAUUUUCCAACUUCCCACAUUACACAGCACAGCAAGAUUUUCUCUCUUUUUUUCUUUUCAUCUUUAAAAAUUCUUUAUUUUUGAUGUGCAUGUAGGUACAAUUCAGCAUUGAACGCCACAACAGCGUAGACAGACAUAUAAAAACUAAAACAGUAGUAUGAAAAGUGCACAUAAUAAUUUAUUUAUUUAUUUAUUAUAUGAACAAGCUAAACUUGCAAGUCUUAUUAGUGAUUGAAUAUGUAGUCAGGAGUAGAGAGACGUGUACAAGGUUCUAUGCUUUGUAUACCUGAAAUCAUAGAAUAUUAAAAGCAUGGCAUAAGCUCACUGAUAUAAAGACAUAGCUAUUAGGGUAGCAGUUUGACAUGCUAGAAAAAUAUUCAAGGGAAACUUAAAGGACCACUCUAGGCAUCCAGACCACUUCAGCUUAAUGAAGUGGUCUGGGUGCCAGGUCCAGCUAGGUUUAACCCAUUUUUUCAUAAACAUAGCAGUUUCAGAGAAACUGCUAUGUUUGUGAAUGGGUUAAGCCUUCCCCUAUUUCCUCUAGUGGCUGUCUCAUUGACAGCCACUAGAGGCGCUUGCGUGCUUCUCACUGUGAUUUUCAUAGUGAGAGCACGCCAGCGUCCAUAGGAAAGCAUUAUGAAUGCUUUCCUAUGUGACCGGCUGAAUGCGCGCGCUGCUCUUGCCGUGCGUGCGCAUUCAGCCCAGGAGGUGGAACGGAGGAGGAUCGGAGGAGGAGAGCUCCCCGCCCAGCGCUGGAAAAAGGUACGUUUUUACCCCUUUCCCCCUUCCAGAGCGGGCGGGAGGGGGACCCUGAGGGUGGGGGCACCCUCAGGGCACUACAGUGCCAGGAAAUGAGUAUGUUUUCCUGCCACUAUAGUGCUCCUUUAAGGAAACAUAAAAAAUAAUAGGAAUAACUGGAUGUGAGACAGAUAAUGUAGGACUGUCAGGAUGGCUCACUGCAAAUGAAGUGGAGAUGUGGGCCCGAGGCCAGAGUCAGUCAACUCCCACAAGGGGUAGGGUGAAGCUGUCUGUAAGAGAGUCCAUGUGUAAGGUUGCAAAAUGGAUCCCAGGUGUUGUUUUCCCCCAUCUCCAAAACUCCACAGAAGCCAAAUCCACUGCUCCAUGGGCUCGGAGGUCCAUGAGGACCAGCUUUCUCCUCCACCGGGGGUAACACCUGGAUCUGGGCAAAGCCUGCCGCUUUCGGCGGGUAGUCUUCCGCACCUGAGUGCACUGUGAGGAGGUAAGGCUUACAGUGCCUCUUGAUCUAUGCCGACGAAUAGGCCGUUGCGUCCGUGAUUUCUGUAGCUUGAUGUCUAGAAGGGUCUUUCCCACCAUUUUGUUGCUCGCCCUUCUCAGCUUCUUUCCGGAGGGUGAACUGAGCAGCCUCUGCCCGCUGUUUGAGCUGCAUCCAGAAGCACCUGAAGAUAUCCUCUAGGCGUAGUAUACAGAGGUCUGUGUUGCUACUGUGAGCUGUAUGAUUUAUGUUUAGCUCUCUCGUGCCAUGCGGGGUGACAGCCGCCAUCUUAGGUCGUCGUGGUUUGUGUCAGUGAUGGCUGGAGGCGAGAGGUAGAUAAGGCUUGGCCAGUAUGUAGCUGUCCAGUGGGGAUUGGGAUAACCCACACAGGUCCAGAGGAGGGGGGUAGAAGGUCAGCAGGGCCACAACUGUAAACCUAGGAGCGGGAAGAGCGGCCGCCUGCUUCAUGUCCAGUAGGCCGAAGCUAAGUGUUUUGAGGUUUAGGAGGCUGAAAAACACGGGUGAAGUCUCAAUCGAGUUGCCUGAACACUCCCGACGUGGGUAGUGCACUUUGGUGAGUAUGUCAGCUCAGUGUUUGGGCUCAUUUCCCCAAAAUUAACUGAAUAGCUGAGAGCCUCUUCUGCAUACGUCUAGACAGCUCCAAGGUCAGGUUCUGCCCCCUCCCCCACCUUUUUUCUUUUUUAAACAUAUCAGAACAAAUAUUUAAACGUUCAAAUUAUAAUUAUAUAGCUGUUCUCGAGAAACAUGAAAGGUUGUUCACGUAGCCUGGAGUUAAUUGUGGGUGAGUAAAGCUAACCAGUCGAACUUCUCCUGAAUCCUAUAUAUUUUUAUGCAUUACCAGAAGAUGGGAAUGUUUGCGAAAUUCCAGUAGACUAUGAUUAGGUGUUCUAGCCGCUGUCUGACAAUGAAUGCUCAAGGAAUCUUUAUAGAUACAGAGGCAAAGUACAGAUUCUCGUAAAUGCAUACAUUAUUAUUUGAAAGGGUUUAAUGAUGGGCAUGGUAAUGAUUUCAGUGAAUAUUAGAACUUUAUAAAUGAUUAUUUUGGUCCAGAAAGAACAAAUUAAAGAUCAGUCCAAUCAAAUGUGCCCUCAGUUCCACAACACCAAAAAGCCAAAUCAAGUCAUAGUGUCGGGAGGUGAGGGCCCUUCUAUUACAUUGUUAGCAUUUAGUACUGACCAGCAAGAAAACUAAGCCAAUUCCAUGACUUGCCACUAGAGGGCUACGAUAGGUGUCUCAAGUGAAAGAUUACUAUUUUUAGUUUACUCAAGGUGCCUCAAUCUAUUAUUUGUAAUGUUUAGGGGGGAAAAGCUAGCUAAAUGAUACCAUUUUGUUCUGGUUUUCAGUUCUACUUCCGUUGCACAAAUGGUUUGUCGUAUAUGUUUAAAAAUGGUCAGCCUCUUUUAGUAAGACCUAUUUUCCACAUAGUAAAAAAUUGGCAGUGAAAUAUAAACUUUAUUGUAUGCGAUAAACCGUAUUUUAGUGCGUAUUAUUUUACGUGUGGAUAGAACUUAGUGAGGAAAAGGGGAAAAGAUUUCUUGUGUCCUAUCUACUUUAAAAUAAUGUGUGCAAAUAAUGUCCAGAAGGAAAAACGUAAAAAGGGGGGGGGGGGCCUGACCGCAGAGCUGAGCAGAAGCAAGUCACAGCAGCUCCUGCACGUUUAUAUUGAUUUUACUAAAUAUCUGCAGAUAAACAGCAUAAUCUGUCUUAUCUUGUCCACUACUUGCCAGGAGACAACAUGGUGAUACCUUUUGAGCUGCCAUUUCUGAAGAAUAGUUUGCUUUGGCUCUGUGGCUUACAAGCAUGAUUGGUGCAGGGGAGAUGGACGCUCUCAUGCUCCCACAGAAGGCUGAAGUCUCGUGUCUGGGCCCUCGUGUCUCCCCCACCCCCUCUGGGCUGAUGCGGGUCAUCCCGGUCCCAGCAGACUAUCUCCACGAUCAGUGGCACACACACCAAGAGAGCUCUCAAUGCCCAAAAUGGCGGAGGUGGAAGGUGAAUCUGCGAGACCACCAUGCAACAGCUACAUGGCAAUCUCGCAGCUUUCCUGAGGCGAAUGGUAGAGAGUCAGAGAAGCCUAACACAGCUACACCACUUCUCGUUGACCGAUGUAAUUGUGGAAGACCCCUCUGGAUCCCUGGCUCAUGCUUUGAGGUGUGUUUGGGAAUUCCUACCUGGUCACUCCUCACUUCACGCCGCUGCCCCUGCCAGCCUGCACAGCACUCCUGCUUUCCAGCUGAAACCGGCAAGGGAUCACACGUCUGGUGUGCACUCACCCGUCUUCUCCCCUCUCUCAGCACACAUCAGGCAGGACUCACUUCUAUCAUGUCACAAACCUUGCAGGUCAGGUGUUGGGUGAGCCUAAGCAGUCUGAGGGACUCCCUUAUGUCGUGGGCUGCACUCAGUGGAGAUGGCUCCUGUUAAUAUAAGUGUCAACUAAGCUACCUGUUUUACUCUCUCUGUUCUGCGCAGUUGAUCCUAUAUGCAGUGCUUAAGCUCUACUCAUUACUCUUUCUGUUGUCUACACAGCUCCGCAUUAGGUACCUCUUGUUAUAAUUUACCAAAAUGUGCUGUUUACAACUUAUAUACAUUUACUGAUAGAAAUUUGUACUUCUCCUGACAAUCUAUAAAUGUGUGUACCGUUAUUCUUGCUUUAAACACACAUCCAAAAUAAAGAAUUAUAAAUGUAAAAAAAACAAAACCUUAAUUAAAAAAUAAAAAACUAGGUCCACAAGUCCCCAUUAACCAGGGUGUGUGUGGAAUAAAGAUCUGGCAGGUGGUCAUCCUGCAUAAGUCACUGCUUUGUAAAUAAAUGAAAGUGGGGGCAAGAUGACCCCAUAUUAUUAUUUUUAUUAUAUAUAUAGCGCCAUCAGAUUCCGUAGCGCUGUACAAUGGGUAUAACAGUUAGUAGAACCCAUAUGCUGCAGGCGCAAAGACUUACAGUGUAAUUAACUAAAGUGUGAAUUCCAAGUAAUUUUCAAAGGUCAAAUUAUCAAACUAAAAGUGUAACCAAUUCCGAGAAUUUUUCAAGUUUUUCUAGUUUGGCCGUAGAUUUUAAAUUCACUUUGAAGUCUCACUUUGGUAAAUAACUCUAUUAAUAACCAUUUAGGGCCGCCACCAGAAAUUUUAACUCAGCUCAGGGUCUGGGCCCCCCUAAGGCCCGCCUCCAAUCCCGCCCACAGGGUCUGCCUCCAAAUCCCGCCCACAGGAAUACUAACACAGACACAAAAACACACAUUGAUACAAAAGGACACAGAUACACACACACAUACUGAAACAGACAUACAUGCAUAUAGGCAUACAUACUGACACACAUAUACUGAGACAUACACACAUAUACAGACACACAGGCAUACAUAGUGACAGAUAGAUAGACACAUACUAACAUACAUACAGACACAUAUGCAUGAGGACAUACACAUACAUACACCGACAUACAUACAGACAUACAUUCAUUCAUACUGGCAUACAUACUGACAGACAUACAUUCAUACAGACACUCAGGGCCGGCCUUAGGUGUUCAGGCGCCCUGUGCGAAACAAUCUUGUGGCGCCCCCCCCCCCCUCACCUGUCUCUGUUUGGACCCCUUCAAACUAUUUUAGGAGCAUUCACAAUCUGUUGCCUCCACCCCCUUCUACAAAACCACUGCACCUCUUAACCAAAAUCCCUGGCCAGAUCUUCACCAAGCCCCUGGCCACCACUUCAUCAAACUCCUGGCCACCCCUUCCCCUUCAUCAAUGCCCUGGCCAUCCCUUCGUCAAACUCCUAGCCACCCCUUACCCUUCAUCAAUCCCCUCCCACCCCUUUAUCAAUUCCUGCCACCCCUUCAUCAGUCCCCUGCCCCUCUCAUCAAUUCCCUCCCACCCUUUACUCAGCCCUCUGCCCCUAUUCAUCAGCCGCCUGACCCCCUAAUCAAUCCCCUCCCACCCCUUUAACAGCCCUCUGCCCCAUUCAUCAGUCCCCUGACCCCCUCACCAAUCCCCUCCCCCUUUUAUCAGCCCCCUGACCCCCUCAUCAGUACCCUCCCACCCCUAUCACCCACCUGCCCCCCUUUAAUCAGUCCCAUGCCCCCCUUUUCAACCCCCUGCUCCCCUUCAUCAGCCCCCUUAAUACAUCCCAUGCCAAAUAAUCCAACCCCUGGCCACCCCUUCAUCAGUCCCCUGCCCCCUCAUCAAUUCCCUCCCACCUAUUUAUCAGCCAUCUGCCCCCAUUUCAUCAGCCCCCUGAUCUCCUCAUCAAUCCCCUCCCACUCCUUUAUCAACCACCUGCCCCCUUUAAUCAGCCCCAUGCCCCCCUUUUCAGUUUCCUGCCACCCUUUAUCAGCCCCCUUAAUAAAUCCCCUGCCAAUUAAUGCAAUCCAUGCCACCCCUUCAUCAAUCCCCUGCCCCCCUUAAUUAAAUUCCUGCACCUCUUCAACAAAACCUAUUUAAUAAAAAAGAAAAAAAAAGUCACUCACAGUAAAGGCUGCUGCUCCCUGGACUGAGCUGUCUCCGCCGAUUGAAGAGCACCGGGUGCCGCCUUCACUCACUGAAUUGGAUCCUUCCGCGGCUCCCUCUGAUGACAGAGCACGUCGACGUUACGCAAGUACGCGGCAUAACGCCCCCACGCUCCUCCUCCACCCUCCAUACAGAAGUGGAUUCCCGGCGGCGGCUCUCUGCUCAUAAUUUGCAAGUCAAGUGCAAAGCAGUAUUAUGCACUUGACUUGCACUUUAAAUACAGAACUCAGCCGGCCUGCGAGCUGUGUUGGCCGCCCGGCGCACCUGUUGCCAUGGCGCCCUGUGCGGCCGCACAGCUCGCACACCCCUAAGGCCGGCCCUACAGACACUGACAUCCAUACACACACAGACAGACAUACAUUCAUACUGGCAUACAUGCAUAUAUACAGACCUACUGACAGACAUACAUACAUACAUUCAUACAUACUGACGUACAUGCAUACUGACAUCCAUACACACAUACACACAGACAUCCGUUCAUAAUGACAUGCAGACAUACAUGCAUACAUACAGACAAACAUUCAUAAUGAAAUACAUACAUACAUAAUGACAGGGGUCCUCAAACUUUUUAAACAGCGGGCCGUCGGGCCCGUGACAACCGUCAUGGUAGUCACCCCCUGAUGGCGGCCCUGUAAACAUUUAUAAAACCCAUCCUGCUGGUUUGUUAAAAUAUAGGGAGGACUUACUGGUAAUGCCAUCUCAAAUGUAAAAUGAUAACCCUAGCUUUUUUAACUUUUUGCCCAGGUGACUGUAAUGUCCCUUUAACCAACUAACAAUUUAUGUAGUGUAACAUGGAAGAUGUACAAUGUUUAAAGGUAAACUAUAGUGCCAGGAAAACAAACUUGUUUUCCUAGCAUUAUAUCUUCACCCUCUGUCGCAGUCCCACCCUCCCCCCCAUGGUGCAGAAGGUGUUAAAAACCACUUCUGUCACUUCAGUCCAUCCCCAAUGUCCCUUGGCGCUUGCUUGGAUCUGCCUUCUCUCCUGGCGUCGGCAAUGGCUUUCAAUGCUUUCCUAUGUAAUUUUGUGUGACUGGACGUCUGGUAGACAGCCACUAGAGGUGGAGUUAACCCUAGCAGGUAAUAAUAAAUACCUGCUCAGGGUUAGGGUACCUGGGACACUGCACCCAGACCAUGUCAAUGAGCUGAAGUGGUCUGGGUGCCUAUAGUGUCCCUUUAACUGCAACAAUAAUUUGUCCAAUGGAUGCUCCUUCUGGCCUGCAGUAUGUUAUUGCUGUACAAUAUGGACUUCUUGACUACAUAUUUGUUUGAUUUUGUUUUUCGAAAAUUGUUUAAAAAUUGUCUAGAAAGCCAAAACGACAAACUAUUAGUUGAGGAACUUUCUAAAUAUGAAUAGUAUCAUAAAAAAAUCACUUUGCCUGCAGAAAUGUAGGCAAACCUAGUUAUCUAAACAAAUAAAAUGCUGGGUCUUAGGUACCCAGCUUAGCUUUGUCUACAAUCAAUCAAGACAAUAUCUUAAAUCUCAUACACUCAUUGGCCCUGUUAUCGAUCACAUUUUUGUAAAUAUACUGACCAUUGCAUUAAAAUGUAACAUAUCACCACAUGCUCUUGGCUUAUAAAUGGAUCAAUGGUUUGUGUGUGUGUGUGUGUGCUAAUACAUGCAUAUAAAUGUGUCUAUUGUACAUCUGCUUUUAAUAUUUAUAUAUGUUUGUGCAUAUUGUGUUUGUAUGUAUUUGUGUGUGUGUGUGUGUGUGUAUAUAUUCAUUGUAUAUUUUAAUAAUGGGUGGGAUCUUCAGAAUUUAGAAUAAGGUGUCAUAUAAAAGUAAUUUAGUUUGUUUUACAUUUGGGAGUGGCACGACAUCACCCACAAACAUGUUAUCCAUUAAAACCCAAAGGCACAUGUUCAAGACCUGACACGAAUUGCAAUUUAAUGCGUUUCUGCAGUCUGCUUUAAGAUAAACACAUUUCAGUGCUGUUUAAACCAACUAUACAUAUGUACAGACAUUACUGAAUGAACCCAUCUGCUGCUGUUACUAGUUAUACGUUCUAUUUGUGAAUAGACAAUAGGCCUGUGGGAGAUCUAUGUGUAUUUUUCUACAGAAUGUACUGUAAGAUUCUUGUAAAUAAAAAAAGGAAUAGUUCAUGAAAGUCACAUCCCCUCUCCCCCCUCCAUGGUUUUAGUGAUGACUUCUGCUUGGGGAGUCCCUGUGGUUGUAAAAUAAACAAAAUAUAUAUUACUAAAGUAGACUAAGAAGAAGUGAUUGACCACAAACUUCAUAUUCCAGUUAAGAAACUCUGUAGGACUUAUUCUUGAGCUAUCAUAAAUGUACCGGUAAUUAAAACAGGAAACGGUGAGCCUUGUAAAUGUUUGUUAUGGCGUUGCAGGCGUGUUUGACAAUGGACUACAUAGCAUAGUGAGUUGCAGUAAGUAGACUGCUGGUUUAAACACCUCGGGUAAAGGUAACUACUAUUAAUUCAACCUGUAUUGUCUAUUGAAUGCUGAUAAACAAGUCCUGCACUACUUUCUCUUAAAGGGUUAGUCUAGGCAGAAUUUGAUCUAAUGUUUUUCAAUGCAUAAGUAAUGUAUUGAAAGAGAAAAUAUUUGGCAAAAAUGUAAAAUGAAAAAAAAAUUAAAACGUGAAAAAAUGGUCAAAAAUAAACAAACAAAAAACAUUACGCUUUUAACUGUCCUUCUAUGAAUGGUUUGGUCUUAGUGGGUCUGUCUGCAACUGCAACCAAGAGGACGAAAAGAAGAGGUAUCAUUAGCAAAGGAGACACUGAAUGAGCGUUGGGAGAGAUAAGAGGAAAACAAUGAUAGAACAGAGACUGGGUGAUUGAAGAAUUUGUAGAAGGAGAGCAUGAUCAAUGGUGUCAAAGGCAGCAGAGAGGUCAAAAAGAAUUAGUAUGGAGUAGUGGCCUUUGGAUUUAGCUGCAAUUAGGUCGUUAGCGACCUUAAUAAGAGCAGUCUCAGUAGAGUGGAGGGAGCAAAAGCCAGAUUGAGGAGGGUCAAGGAGAGAGUUGGUAUUGAGGAAGGGAGACAUACGGGUAAAGACAAGUCUUUCCAGAAGCCUUAAGGAAAAAGGAGCAGGGAUAUGGGACGAUUUGUUAGAGGGGGAGGAUGAGUCGAGAGAUGUUUUUUUCAGGAUCGGUACAACAGUGACAUGCUUAAGGUCAGCAGGGACAGUGCCAGAAUAGAGAAAGCAGUUGAAGAUGUGCGUUAAGGAAGGCACAAGACAAGAGGAGAUAGAUCUGAUAAGGUGAGAUGGGACAGGAUCGAGCGGGCAAGUGGUGGGGCGAGAGGAAAGGAGAAGUGCAGCUACCUCUUCGGUAAUGCCUGGGAUUGCGGGAGCAUGAGCUAAUGAGAGGAAAAGUAUGACUGUUUGUUGAGGGCAAGGGCUGCGUUGUAUGAACACAAUAUGAAUCUAUAAUGGAGAAAGUCUGACAGGGUGCGAGACUUCCUCCAGGAGCGUUCAGCACAACGGGAGCAUCUUUGCAGGUAACGUGUUGAUUUAGUAUGCCAUACUUGGGGGCGGGUCCUCCUCGAGGUGCUUGUUUGGAGCAGGGCUGCAGCGUUCAAGGCAGAGGUGAGGUAGUGUUAUAUGUGGAGAUGGCCAGUGAGGGACAGGAGAGGGAAGGGAUGGAUAGAAGUUGUGAAUCAAUAUUAGUUGACAGCUUCUGUUCUCAACUCAGGAGAAUUAAGGGCUCUCCUGAACUGAGGGGGGGUUAGGCGGACAUUGUUGGGUGAGGGGGUAUUUGAGAGCAAAGGAUAAGAGAUUGUGGUCAGAGAGGGGAAAUGGAGUGUUGGAGAUAUUAGACACUGUACAUGCAUAAGAAAAAAUGAGGUCGAGGGUAUUGCCAGGUACAUGGGUUGGAGAAUUAGCCCACUGCGAUAGCCCAAGGGAGGAAGUCAUUGAAAGUAGUUUAGAGGCUGCUGAGGUCAGGGGUGGGUUAAUGGAAUGGAAUAUUAAAGUCCCUGAGAAUUAGGGAUGGUAUAUUAGAGGAGAGGAAGUAAGGUGGCCAGGCAGCAAAGUGGUCAAGGAUGAGGAGAGGGUAACCAGGGGGGCAAUAAAUAAUGGCAAUGUUAGCAGAGAAGGGAUUGAAAAGGUGAAUAUAUCCAUUAUAAGUUUUUUUAAAAAUUCAAAAUAUAUUCUAGUUACUUGAAUUAAUUCUUCUGUUUUGAAGUAGUCCAUGUUGUUCCUUCUGGUAAAAAAAAAUGAAAAGAAUUUUCACUUAUAAACUUUGUGCAUGUGGUAACUAUAUAGCAGGGCUAAAUGAGUGUUGAGAAGUGGCAAAUGCAAGGAUACUUUAUACUAUGUCCACGCCUUGUCAGAUGAGAUAAGACGCAGAUUAGAUAAAAACACACAUAUUUAGACAGAUGAUAAGCGCACUAUAGAUAAAGAGAUAUGUUUGCUUUUGUAUUAUGUAGGACGUACUUGGAAGAAGAGUUGACCAAGGCCCGUGGCAAGCCAAAGUUAAGGAAGGAUAUGUACAAGAAAAUGAUCGAGGUGAAUCCACAAGCGCCUACGGAUGAGGAAAAUGUUCAGCAAGCUGUGACAAAGCCUCGGUACAUGCAGUGGAGAGAGACUAUAAGUUCAACAUCAACACUUGGCUUUAGAAUUGAAGGGAUAAAGGUAAGACCUAUCUGCUUUCCUUAUAAUGUUUUUGUUUUUUCACUUACAUGAAUCCACUGCUUAUGGCCCUCGACCCUGGGUCAGGCUCCGUCCACACUCCUCCCCAGCUGACGUCAGCCAGCGGAGGAGACCUAAUGCGCAUGCGUGGCAAUGGACUCACUCGUUUUAGUAUUUCCCCAUAAGAAAGCAUUAAUCAAUGCUUUCCUAUGGGGAAAAUCUGACGCUGGAGGUCCUCAAGCAUAGAGUGAGGACGUCCAGCGUCCGAUAACAGACCAAAGGUCUGCUUCGUUUCCGGAAGCCCUCUAGUGGCUGUCUGGUAGACAGCCACUGAAGGCAUACUUAGAGCUGCAAUGUAAACAUUCUCUGCCCUUGGUGCAAAAGGUACAGUGCACCCAGACCACUUUAAUUAUCAGGGUGCCUACAGUAUCCCUUUAAUAGUGGCAGCUGCAGGCCUUGAGUGUAACUCCCAGUGUAACUUUUACUAUAAUUUGCCAAUUUCCUGUAGUCCCCCAGGCACUUGUUCUAAAAUAGUAUAGUAAAUUACACUGUGAGGACACCAGUGCAUUCUUGGCACCAUAACUACUACAGCAGGCUGGCGUUUGGAAUGUUUUUUUUGUUUUUUGUUUUUUUUAUAAAUAUUCCGCUUAUAUAAAAUUAAAAAAAUAACACAGAUAAAGAACUCCUGGGUGCACACCCUAAUGAUUUGUGCCUUGCACACUUAUGGAAUUGUGGUUACCUUUGUAAAAUACCACCACAAAAUUGGGCAUGCUACAAACUGACAAAAGAAGGAAUAAUAUAUAUUUACAAUGUUGCUUUCAGAGUUCUCUCUAAAGUUUCAGCUCUAAUAAGAGUUGUGUUUUUUUUAAUCAGGCACUGCAAACAUUAACAAGAGCAGAAUAAAAUCUUUGAUGAAAGAUCUUAUUACGCUUAAACAUGGGGCAGAGAUAGGGAAAUAAAACUGAUUUAAUGUUAAGCCUUAUUCAGGAGUGUACUAGAUACUCUUUCACCGAGUAGUUCUCAUCCGAGAAUAAUAGUUUUGAGCCUUUAUACUCACUCACUGCAAAGCACCAACACAUUUAUCUUCAUGUAAUGAAGCCCUAUUUUAUUUUGUUUAUGCCAUAAACUAUUAUAAUAAUAAAGGGACACUGUAGGCACCAAAAUAACUCUAGUUUAGUGAAGCAGUUUUGGCGUAUAGAUUAUGCUACUGCAGUCCAUUUAGGAGUUAAAUCACUUUGUUCAUAUAGCACUAGUCACACCUCCUCUACACAGUCUUCCAAUGUAUGUAUACAGAGAGCUAAUGUUUAAACUUCCUUUAUUGAGCAUUCAGUUUAAUUUAUAAUUCCUUAUCUCCUGCUCUGUUAAUAGCCUUCUAGACCCUGCACGAGCCACCUGUCCGUGAUUAAAGUUCAAUAUCAGGGCAGGAGAUAAAAACUUCUGAAGCAAGUUAACAUCUGACUGAAAAUUAAAACCAUUUGUUUUCAUGCAAGCUGUGUGAGUCACAGCCAGGGGAGGUGUGACUUAGGCUGUAUAAACAAAAACAAAAGUGAUUUAACUCCUAAAUGGAAGAGAAUUAUGUAGUGAGACUUCAGAUGCAUGAUCUACACACCAAAACUGCUUCAUUGGCUAAUGUUGUUUUGAUGUCUAUAGUGUCCCUUUAAUAUCUUUUCAGUAGUUCAAAGUUCUGUCGAGUCUUGUUCAUCUAGUCUUGUUGUGCAAACUUGUCUCGUUCUCCUGUGUAAUAAAUUGGCAGUUUAUAAAUAAUGCUAAUACAUACAAUCCAGACUUGAUCACUUAUCUCAAUGGGAUAUUGUAUCAGUGGUGGGAUUGGCCUUGCCACGGUAAUCGGCUUUAUAUACAACUUUGCGUCAAGAUCUGGUAGUGCUACAGUUUGCUGCUAGACCAACACAAUUUUUUUUUUUAAAUGCGGAAAAUCAGGUCGACAAAAAUGGUGUUUUAAACAUCACUGUAGACUGCCUAGGGCACUAGUUCAUGCUGAUGUCUGAAAUUCUUAUUCAUGCUUAGUCUCAGAAAUUGUUUUUAAAAAAGUGAGAUGAAGCUGCAUAAUUUGGCACACAUACUUAUCCAGACAAGCAAGGCGUAUGAGCAAAUUCAGUUCGUCGGCUUACAAAUGAUGCACAGCUUUAGGCAGUUGGCAUGUAGAUUGGGAACAAGCUUUGAGUACACAUGAGUACAUGCAGUAACUGGUAAUAACCCACAUAUUUUUUUUUUUUGUAAUUUAAGUUUUUAUUGAGACAUAAGUAUAGCAGGUAUACAUCUGAUCAACAUAUCACAAGUACAUAGAGCACAAUUUACUGUACUGAGUGUUCUCAAAAGAAGGCGCUAAGAUAAACUAAACUAUGAAUGCUUUAACUAACUUGCCUUGUAAGAAGGGAGUUAGUGAUAUAUGCUAAGGUAUUGGGCAGAUAGAUGGUCCAGCUCAACUAUUUAUAAGUAAAAUUAAGUAAAGCAAUAACAGAGAGCUGGAUUGUAAAAUGAACAAGAGCAUAAUAAUCCACCCAGGAGGCCCCUGUAGAAGUCUAUUGGGGAGCAAGUGCCUGUAUGACUAUUAAGAGGCAGACGUUUUAUUUAAAAAAAAAUAAUUGCUCUUUCCCAGCCAUCUUUGGGUUUACUAGCGGCGAGCUUAGCGCUCCGGCCUCGCACAAUCCGAGGAACAUCCACCGCUGGAGGGACCAUCAUGCCCGGGCACCUGCAGGAAGGCUUCGGCUGCGUGGUCACCAACCGGUUCGACCAGCUAUUUGACGAUGAAUCCGACCCGUUCGAGGUCUUGAAGGCGGCCGAGAACAAGAAGAAGGAGGGCCCCGCAGGCCCCGGCCAGGGAUCAGUCAAGACCGCGGCUCAGGCCGCCAAGCAGCUCCGCAAGGAGUCCAAGAAGGAGCGCAAGAACCCGCUGCCAGAGAAGGAGGAUGUUGGGGAAAAUAAUCUCCUUAUUAGAUCUUAUUCAAGUGGGGGAGUGUUGGGGAAAAUAUUAUGUAUAUAUCUGUUUAAUAUGUGCUUGAUUAAGUCUGUGUGUAUGGGAGGUCAGGAAUUAUCUUCAAAGGGAGUUUCUGUUUAGAUAGCUGGAAAGAUACAGCACCUGAAAGGCACCAAUCACAUUUACAUAUCAACUGGUCUUCAAAGGAGUCCCUAUCUAGGAAAACACACCUUGGGUUAGAGGGAAAGGGAUGGCUGGGAGAGUUGACACUUAAAUAAAAUAACAGGAUAGACAACACUUUGGGCCUUGGGAAAGUAAAUCACAUUUACAUAUCAAUUGAGCUGAGGAAUUUGGUAUUUACAACAUGGGAACCAAUUCCUUUAAAAAUAGAAGAUACUGACAUCACAUUAGAUUAGGUUUUGGUAAGACACACAAGCUGCACAUAACAUGCACAGCACAUACACAAUGUAGCCAAUAUUAUUAUACACAAUGUAGCAGAUAGUAUUAGAUAGAUGGAAUGUAUGCGUGUUAUGAAUGUAUUGUAACUGUAAUACUAUAACUCUGUAACAUUCUUCUUCUGUAAUAUUUAAUUGGGCAGAUUCUAAGUAAAGAUUUCUCUCUGAUAAGAACUAUGGUGUUGGCUGUUUAUUUGUAAUAUCGGGUAGAAUACCUUAGUAGUUCUAGACAUAUAGUUAUCUGGACAAGGGGAUAAAGAUAUAUGUUAGUUCUUGGAAGAGGUGACACAGGGAUAUUACAUUCACUAUUAAAAACACAACGCAGAGUGGAUUUCUCUCAAAAGGAUACCAAUUGGAAGUAUUGGUGGUGAGAGAAGGAUUAUACAACAGAGGACACCCCGCCGCCCGUGGCGCUCAAGAAGGAGGGUAUCAGGAGGGUUGGCAGAAGGCCUGACCAGCAACAACCACAACAGCAGGCACCUCAGCAGCAGCAGGCUCCACAAGCCCCACAGGGUGAAGGGAAGCCCAUCGACAGGAGACAGACAGACAAACAGCCUCCCCGUGAACGCCGCUUUGAAAAGCCAGUUGAAGAGAAGGGUGAAGCUGGAGAAUUCUCUGUGGAUAGACCCAUCAUUGAAAGACCUGUUCAUGGACGUGGCGGCCCUGGAGGAAGAGGACGUGGUGGACGCGGACGUGGAUUGGGCAGAGGAGAUGGAUUUGACUCCCGUGGCAAACGUGAAUUUGACAGACAUAGUGGCAGCGACAGUGCUGGCCCGAAGCAUGAGGAUAAGCGUGGUGGCAGUGGACAACACAACUGGGGAAAUGUUAAGGAUGAACUGAGUGAAUUGGACCAAAGCACCGUCACUGAGGAAGCCCCUGAAGCAGAGGAACAACCAGUUGUCGACUCUGAAAACAAGGAAAACGAGGCAGGCGAAGGGCCCAAGGAAGAGGGUCCUAAGGAAAUGACUUUGGAUGAAUGGAAGGCUAUGCAAGAUAAGGAACGCGCAAAAGUUGAAUUUAACAUCCGGAAACCAAAUGAGGGCGCUGACGGCCAAUGGAAAAAGGGAUUUGUCCUUCACAAGUCAAAGAGUGAAGAGGUUCACGCGGAGUCUGACGCUUUUGACCAUCACUUCCGUAAGCCUGCAAAUGAUAUCACUUCACAACUUGAGAUCAACUUUGGUCGAGGUGGCCGAGGCGGCCGGGGUGGUCGUGGCCGCGGUGCAAGGCCAAGCCGUGGAGGGAAAAUUGACAAGGUAACGCCUUUAGAAAACAACUUCACUGAGCCAAGGCGCGUCGGGAAGACUUACCAGUCAAGCGAUUCUUCUGCUCCUGACGUAGAUGACCCAGAAGCUUUCCCAGCUCUGGCGUAAACUGGCUGAGUCCAACCCUGGUGCCCUUGAGGCCCCUUCUACGAGGCUUGCAUGCUUAAGGAUCCUGAAACAACUCCUCCAAAUUAAGGAAGAAAAAUAAAAUAACCCAAGACUGUCAGUCAUACCUUUCACACCUAUGGACUGAAUUUUAUCUGUUUUGAAAAUGGACUUCUCUUGCUACGCAGAAGCAAACUCAUAUGGUAGUCCAGUUUUGUAUUAGAGAUGUAAUGGUAGCAGGGACAUUUUCAUAAUUUUUUCAGAGAUUAUGCAUUCUUCAUGAAUACUUUUUUGUAUUGCUGCUUGAAAAUAUGCGUUUCCAAACUUGAAAUAUAGGUGUGAACAGUGUGUACCAGUUAAAGUUUAAAAAAAAAAUAAAAAAAUUCAACAGAUAAACAAGAUAAAGACUAAAUAAGACAGUUGCUCUGCAUUAACUCUUAUUGAAGGCAAAAAGAUAGAUGGCACAGUGUCAGCGAGAGGCCCAGGACCCAGAUAAGCCUAUACCCUCCAGUCUCCAGAGGCAGAACAUAGUCGGGCUUUGGUAUAAUAUUCUUUGGGCAUGGUAGCCCAAGUGAUGGCAGAUGUGGUAUCCAAUUGAGGUAGUGCUACUUCCACCCAAAUUUCUCGGCAUCUCAAGGAGUCCCAAAAUAUGGCCCUUCUAAACCUAGGCCUGUUGAUGUGCUGUGCUCAGGCUCUACUGCCUUGAGAUGUUCUGGUUGUGCUCAGGCUCUGCUACCUUGAGAUGUUCUGGUUGUGCUCAGGCUCUGCUACCUUGAGAUGUUCUCAAGAGUGCUCUAGGACUGGAGCCACUAUCUCUCACUGGUUUCUCGGCGGUAAUCUUUGGGGUGAAUGUCCAUUUGACUUCUUGCUGAACAGGUUGAUGUAAGCGAUCAUUCAGCUUCCAUCAGAAAUCCGUGAAGAUUCUGUCUAGCUUAGACAUGGUGUCAGCUUGGUUACUGCAGUAGUUGAGUCCAUUUGCUGUGGCUGCUAUUUUAGAGGAGACUCUGUGUCUGCUUAAUCAAAGGGCAGCAUUAGAUAAUCUUUUUAUAGUUGUUGGACAUCCAAGGUGUGGACCAAGCUUAUCCCCAUCGGUCUAAAGGGGAGUGGGUCACCAGAAUGUUUUUUUGGGCCUCAGGUUGCUUCAGCCCGGGAGAUUGUCUGCCUCUCUUAUGUGUUGUGCUCACUAAGCUACUGUGUACUCUGUUAGUACGGCCAACAGUAGUCAGCAGCUUUAAGCCAACUUGGAGAUAGGGUAAGUGUCUACCAAGCAUGUAUUGAAUGCGUAAAUCGAUUAAUCCUGCAAUAUUGGAGGAUAGACGAGGAGCUCUCUCAAAGCACGUCCAAGGAACAUGGAGGUCAUGUCUCGCUACCCCUAACGCACCGCCCUUAACCCACAUAUUUUAAAAUGAAUAAGCAAGCAGACUUCAAACUUUACCUAUUGAGUGAUCAGAAAAUAACCUAUUAAAAACUUAAACAAAAUUUUUACAAAAUUUAUAGAUUUGUGCACCGCAAAAAAAUUGGUUCAGCCAAAUUUAAUCAGCUGAAGAACAGAAGUAGGAGCAGUGGAAAAAAAAAUCUAUAUUUAGAACUUAUAUAUUUAUUAAAUAUAAGAUCUAUAAAUAUAGAUUUAUUUAUUUUUUGCUGUCAUUUCUUUUAUUUUGUGUCCAUGUCGUUUGUCUCAUGAUAUGUCAAUACGGCAUUAGGAGUUUCAGAUCACCCACAACUCUGACAAAUCACAAUUCGUUUCCAAAAACCAAAUGCAGGAGGGCGGGGUCUGAGCACGGAGCUGAGCGGAUGCAUGCCGGCACAGCUCCUGCUCUGCACGACACUCAAACUGACUAAGAGACAAUUUACAGACUAGAAACUAUACAAAACGAGCUACCGGCAGAAAGGCGAAGUGAAGCCGAAUCUUCUGAUACCACACACGAAGCUAUCGCAGCCGUCUGGCCAAGAAUCACAGCUGAAGCCUAGCAUGACAAGCAACCUGAUUGCCGGAGGAGGCGGACGACCUCCCGACACAGGGCCAGCACCACAUGGCAGCUCUCUUGUUCCCUUGCAACCUCCCCCCUUAUGGACUGGUUGGUGAUAUCCUGGUCCACGCUGGAAACACAUUCUCGCCUGACAAGGGGAAAAUCACUGUCUGACGGUAAGCCACGCGGGGCGCCCAAGAUGGCCGCCAUGCAACACGCGGAGCAAACCACGGAGGGUCCAGCAAUGGAAACGGCGUUUUGAGGCCAGGUUCAAUCAAAUUUGCCAAGCAUUCUGGAGAAGCCUACAGCAAAGGCCCCCAUCUCAAGUCUCCAACAUGCAGCAGGAGUGAGUACCGGCGGCGGUCCGCCCGACCCACUCCAGGCGGGGGACCCACGCUGGGGCGCACCCACGCCGACUUCCUUCCAGCCGGAAGAAUCCUCACAAGCCAACUAACCACAAGAACCUGGCAUACGCUGCACUUAAAUCACCCAGGCGAUACUUCACAAAGCAGCGAACAAAUAGGAAGCAGCGGAGAUUAGCCGGUUACAACCAGCAAAGGAAUCUAUACUACAGACUUACCUCUGACCACUCAGACCAAGCGGAGGUCCACCGGAGAGACCCGAGCGGCAACUCCCAUCAACGGGCCACUCAUCAAGCGUAGGGACCCGCCACAAAGGAGAACAGAGAAGCUGCCUACCUCUUCACAUGCCCUAAGAGCUUCCCGAAUCAGGGGAUUGGCUGAGUCAGAGACUAUCCAAGGACAGCGGACUGUAUUACCUAACUCCGAAUCCGCCAUGAUCUUGAUGGACACCAUCUUACCUUAAACACUUUACCCAGCCGUAAGGACUAAAACCGUAUUCCAGCGGUCACUUUACUCAGUAAGCGCAGACAGUGUGACCUUUACUCAUCACUUAGACCCAACUCGUAUUCUUAAAGCAUGCUGUUAACCGUGUUUUUACUUACCACUCAAAUGUCUAGCCAAUCUACACUGAAAGUAGAAUCUAGAGUAAUAUAACAUCAGUCGUACAUAAAUAGCUUGCAACCCAGCUACUUACAUAAAGAUGUGUGCGAUCGCACUAUACUUCUGUUUACAUUACCAAUUACCUACCACACCUUAACAUGCAUACACAUACCGGCGACUCACUCUCACGCUGGCAGCUAGAACAUUUAGAGCUCAACAUAUUGUUUUAUCACUGCUUGCUGACUAUAUGUCUAAAACUAUGUCUAGCUUGUUUCAACACAAAUACAAAAAUGUGCAGAUUUCAAGAGCCAAAUUGAAUGCUUGUUGCUUACUCUUUGCGUGCUGUUGUGGCACCUCAUAUAUGCCUGUAACUUUCUUGCACAGAAAAAAUAAAGAUUUAAAAAACAACAAAAAAACAAACAAAUGCACAGAUCUAAAAUCAACAAGCUAACCCAUGGCCCUGUCAAACAAUACCUCAAAGUCUUUCUAUAAGAUAUGAGACCCGUUUUAUGUAAUUACUUGUUUUCCUUUUAAAUUCAUAUUAAAGAACUGGCAAAUGACAUCAGAAUGCAAUUCAGUCCACGCACAGCAGGCGUACUUGUUGCAAAUGAGCACAAAAAAAGCCCCCUUGUUUAAGUUAUCCUUUUCUCUGUAUGUUAUUUCUAUGCUGACUACCACAGCCAAAUUGGAGAGCUUAUAACAAUGAUUGGCAGGGAGCUAAGAUGGAAGUACCCAGUUGCAUAGAAGAGGUGUUGAUUUGAACAUUUAAAGGACCACUAUAGGCACCCAGACCACUUCAGCUUAAUGAAGUGGUCUGGGUGCCAAGUCCAUCUAGAAUUAACCCUUUCUGCUGUAAACAUAGCAGUUUCAGAGAAACUGCUAUGUUUACAAAUGGGUUAAUCCAGCCUCUAGUGGCUGUCUCAUUGACAGCCGCUAGAGGCACUUCUGCGCUUCUCGCUGUGAUUUUCACAGUGAGAAGACGCCAGUGCCCAUAGGAAAGCAUUGAAAAUGCUUUCCUAUGAGACUGGCUGAAUGCGUGCGCGGCUUGUGCCGCGCAUGCGCAUUCAGCUGAUGACUGGGAAGGGAGGCGGAAAUUCCCCACCGCCGACGGAGCCUGGCGGUGGAGAAAAGGUAAGAUUUAACCCCUUCCUCACCCCAGAGCCUGGCGGGAGGGGGGCCCCAAGGGUGGGGGGGACCUAGAGACCCUAUAGGAAAACUAGUAUGUUUUUGUGGCGGAACCAGCCUCGCCACUGGACAUCGGAGAAGACUGACAGCCAGCCUCCUGCCCUGUGACUAUGGCCCCAUGUUGAAAUGCUUGAUUUUCCCCUGCAAAGACCCGAAAGCCGGGUCAUUCGGUACUUUCCCUAUUUGAAUAGUGAUACCCCAGAUAGCUUUGCCAUGGAGCCCAUUCGUAUAACGAAAGACUAUGUGAAAGACUUUGGCUCCAUGGCAAUUGAACUGUAUGUAUGUGAUCUGAGCGCCAUUCAGUAAUAAUGUGCGCUCAGAUCUAAGCUAUCUGGGGAUAUGUUGAAUGUACCUGUUUUAUGCAAUAGCUGCACAGUUAUAUAUUUUUUAUGUAUUUUAUUGUCUUUUGCUACCAUGUGUUCAAUGGAGUUUUGCCUCUGUCCUUGGAGAUAAUUAGAUUACUUCCCAAUUAUCUCCAGGAUAGAGGACUCUGUGGAACUGGUUUGAGCUGGAAAAGCCAUGCUUCAGUGGUCACAAAGGACUUUCGACCUAACUUUUGAACCACUGGACCAAUUUGAAUGAUUUUUGAGUAUAUUUCUAUUUGAAGGAUACUGAUUUCAAAUAUGUAACUUUUAUUAAUAUUGCAUGCAUACUUUUAAAGUUAUAAAAAUUGUGUAAAAACUGUAUAUUUUCUGCCUGUGCUAAUUAAGUUAGUCUAUUGUCUUGAGAUAAUUGUUUCACAGGCAGAGGGGGGAUUUCUGCUGGGAGUGGUUUACUUUAUUGUAUGUGUUGUAAUGUUUUUAUUGGUUGUUCUGAAAAACCCUGUGGGCGGUCCUGUAUGUGUUAAACCUGCAUAAAAGAAGGCCCUUUGGUGCCAAGUAAAACAGAGUUCUUCUUCACCCUCAAUCUAGAGUCCUGUCUCUUAUUGGGGGAAUUGCUAUAUCACUACAAGGGAUUGCUAUGCUCUGCAUACUCCCUUGGCUAAUCACUACUAAGCUCUUUUAAGAGCUUGUUCCUGUCUUGCUCUCGGAAGGAGUCUACGGUGGUUAUUGUGUCUGCUGGAGUGCUUGGAGCCCUCAUGAAGCGCUAGGAGCAUCCUUCAACGGAGGUAACCAGUCGGGGUGCCAGGUGAUCCGUUACAGUUUUCCUGGCACUAUAGUGGUCCUUUAAUCUCACUUUUCACACGUCACAUGUAUGUUAAAUUUUGUGACAACUAUACAUGUGAAAAAUCUUGACAAUUAAACUUUACAGAAAGGGUUGUCUUUAUUUUAUUUAAUACCUUGCUAUAUUGUCAUUGAUUAUAAAACAUUACAUAGCAUCAUAUCUAUACAUUUUAUAUAUGAUCUCAUCCCAGAGCAAAUGGAUUUUUUUAAUUGAACCCAUAUUAUAAAAGGCACAUGUUUCUCAGUGAAAUCAUAUCUAGAAUAUAUAGACACUGUGAAAAGUGACCGAAAUCCGUCAAAAGUUUAUUCUUUUUGCGUCGUCAUUAUGUGGUAUUAAGUGUAGAUUGAUUAAAAAUAAAUUAAAUAAACUAUUGUAGUAUAAGUAUAAAAAAAUAAAGAUGUCUGAAUACUUUCUGAAUGCAUCUGUAAUAUUGUUUGAAAUAGUGUCCCUAGUGUUAUUUUUAGUUUGUAGACAUUUCAUCUUAAGCAAAUGUUUCAUAUUUCUUUAGAAAGGCGAUGGGACUUGCAACACAAAUUUUAAAACCACGAAAACCCGAGAUCAGAUCCGUAAGGCAUUCCUUGAGUUCAUUGAUGGCAACAAAAUGAUAUUGGUAUGUGAGACUGUAUUGACCCAUGUUAAUGCACACUGUGUAGUAUGGCAGAUUUCAAAAACAUGGCUUGAAUAACUAUUGAUAUGACUCUUAUCUCUUAUGCAGGAUCAAUAUCUGUGCAGGCUGCAAGAGGUCCGAGCCGUUGUGGAGUCUUCAGAAUUCUUUAAACGUCACGAGGUGAGGAAAAGGUGGUUUUUAGCAGCAAAGGCUACAUUUAUUCUUUAAAUGGUUACUUCACGCACCAUGGCUACUUAAUUGUUUAGAAAGGGUCAUGGUGCAAGGAAUCUGUGUGUGCAGUGUUUCAGUAUGAAAUAUAUUAUGGAUAUUGAUCAAGCCGCUGGAGGUGUAAUUCUACCUCCGGCACCUGUGAUACAAUCUGCUUGAAACUGCAUUCCAAGGUGACCAACGUGUAGUCUGUGCCUAAAAUAUAUACCCACGAACAGCAUGUUGGCAACAGACAUAAAAUGUUCUGUGCAGCCGUUGUCCCCACAUCGAUGCCUCCCUCCCCUGUCCUGCUCCCAGCAAGUGCUAUUGUUGUCCUUGCACCCUUGGUCCAAUUAAGCUUUUCUAAGAGAAGCAUUUCAUUGGACCUCAAAGUAUCAUAAAUGAAAGUGAAUUGGCCUUCAGGGAGAACUUUAGUGUGAGUAUUUUAGACAUCCUUCACAUCAUUUUUUUUUCUUUUAAACCUUCUCAUGAAUAUUUAUUUUUUAACUUUACAAAUUGUUUUGCAAUACUCUGCAUGCUAACCACAAUUAUUAUUUGUAAUUUUAAAACCUCGUUCUAGUUUAGGAAACGUCCUUUUUUUCUUUUAUGUUACCUCUCUGUGGCCUUUGCAGUGAAAGGCGUAACAACACAUAAUUCCUGUCCAACCCAUGCUGAUAUGCUACUGGUCAUGGUGUAGUUGUGAAUGUAACCUUAGUAUUUUAGAUGAAUGGGACCUAUGAGUGACUUCAAUUAUUGUGCACAUCAUUCCAUGAUAUUUGCAAGUAGAUAAAGUAGUCCCUUCCUAUUUGAAGGAGGAUUACUUCCCCCCCCCAAAAAAAAUAGACAGCGCUCAGCAUGCAUAUAUGCCUGCAAGUUGUUAAUGUGCUUAAUACUAAUCCCAUAUGUUAAUACCCAACCAAAACAUUUGUUUAGUCGAAAUAAAUUGUUUAAACAUUCAAAAUUGUUUAUUAACUUCUCAGUGUUUCUUUUACAUUUUUUUUUUUAUUAUUCUUUCAUAUUGCUCGCCUAUUUUAAAUUUAAAUUUUUUUUAUUUUUUUGUUUACAAAAACAUUUUCAUGUAUUUUUUUCUGGUUUUAUCACUUUUUGUUAUUUUGAUAUUUUGCAUUAUUUUUUUGUUUCCUUGUCUUGUGCGAUGAACUGAGGCUCACUGCAAACCACACUAAGUAGCGUCUCCUUUAUAAUUUUUUUGAUAGGUCAUUGGGAGUUCUUUACUUUUUGUACACGACAAGAAGGGCAAGUCAAAUGUCUGGCUAAUCGAUUUUGGCAAAACAACUGAAAUGUCCGAAGGUAAUACUCUAGAUCACCGCAUCCCUUGGCAAGAGGGAAAUCGAGAAGAUGGUUAUCUUUAUGGAUUUGACAACCUAAUCGAAAUCUUAUCUAGCAUUGCAUCCUGAUGAGUACUUCAUACUUAAGCAACUGACCACUACACUAGGAAUUUUAAUCUUAAUAUAUGACUACGGGUUAUCUUUUGGUGAGAAAUUUAGCCAUGGAUUUUACAUUAUGGUGAUGGAACUGAAAACUCUUUUAAAUUGGAAAUUAUGCUUGCUUACAGUGUACAGCUUUUUCAUACAGUCACGUAGGACCGCGUCCCUGAAGUCUGAUUUCCAGAUUUUUUCUAAAGUUGAGAAGUCUGUGGAAUGCCAUUAUUUGUCUUGGUGGUCAUCCUUCAGGAGUCUCAUUCUACCUGUGAAGAUCCGAGGAGAUCUCAUUCAAGGACCUAAGAAGAUGAGAAUUCUCAAAUUAUUUUGACAUGACUCAAUAAGGUUGCAUUUAGCCUGUUGUGAACAUUGUAACUUUGCAAAGUGUAUGAGCAAUGUAGGAACACAUUUUGAAAGUAAACAUUUUAUAUCUCCUUUGGUGCUGGGUAGAAUACUGUGAUAUAACAAUUUAAUUUAAUGAAAUCAUUAACAGAAAAACCUGCAAAAAUGCAACAAAUUGGAUGAGGACGUGGCAUAAAUAAUUUACAUCAGUUAGGCCAUAAGAUGACCCUUUAUAUUCCAUGAAGAGUGAUAGAGGUAGUAUUUAAAUACCUACUACUAAAAUAAUUCUAUCCUACCUAUCUGAACUACUUUUAAGUAGCAAGCCUAAGUACCAGCAGUGAGUGAUACUAGGAUGACGGGUUUUUCCUACCCCAUACAACUGUACAUCAGUGAGUCGACGCGUGUCAAAACCCUGUAGAUCUAGAAAUGUCACUAUUGGUUCCCAACAUUCUACAGUAUUUUAUAGAGAACUCUAUAGAUUUACCUCCUCUGUGGCUGCUAAGACGAUGAAGGUGGCUGCUAAAUAUUCGUCUCUCUUAAAUUAUGCAAAUCUGUGUCCGAUGCUGUAUCAAGUUAAAGUGCGGGUCAUGUUACUUGGGAGUGAGGUCUUUUUCUUUAAACUUCAAUACCACUCGAAAUAAGCUUAAGAAUGGUGUAGCAAAAUUUUAAAAGCAAUGACAUGUUGUUUUCUAAAAACAACACAUUGACCAUUGCCAGACUUUACACGUUAUAGCCAGUGAUUCACUGUUUUGUUUUCUUCUUUAUAACAACUCUCGUUUUGCAACCAAAAAAAAAAAGUUAUAUAUAUUUUUCUACGGAGGCUUCUGAACAAAGUUAAGCACACGGGUAUAAAUCAAAAUUUCAUUUGUUUUUCGUUGCUGUGAUGAUAAAAAAUCAUUUUAGGUAGUUGAGGCUGAGCAGAUUUUUAUUUUUACUUGUGUUGAGGAACAAAGUGUGUGUAUGUGUGUAUGUAUGUAUGUAAUACAUAUAUAUAUAUAUAUAUUAUUCUGAAUUGCCUUUGUUCAAAUGAUUUGACCAGCUACAAUGGUAUAUAGAUGGCAGGUAUUCUUAGCAAAGCAGUUGAGCAGUGAAUUAAUUAUCCCCUUAGUCACUUAGGGUCCUGAACAGAGGUAGCAAACUGGUAGCUAUUUAGCUGUUGUAGACGUGCAAAUAUCAUAGACCUCUUGGGCAAAUGAUGGCUGAGAAAAAUUGGUCUCGCUUUACAUCAGCUGCAUAUCUUAAUAGCUGGAAAGCUACGUGUUGGCUUGCAAUAUUGGUCUAUAUUUUUCUGGGACCAGAUUUGUAUUGAGGCACGUGGUAUGGUUGCUCAUUAAACCAUCUCCUCCUUGUGAAUGGACAUAGGUUAAAUUAGGUUGUUCCCAACCAUUCUUGUGCUGCUCUGUCAGGGCAGAUAAGUGCUGCUACUAGUCGUAUAGAAUUAAAACGUAAUAACUGUACACCAGGUUCUGGGUACCUUGUAGUCCUCCAUGCCUUCUGGGUUACAACUCUUAUCAUUUUCAGAUAGCCAUUGUACACUCUGUAAAGGUGAGACAGUUGUAAAAGAGAAUUAUCAUUUGAAUAUGAAUAAUUGUUCACCUUUUUAAUUGAUGUAACACCUCAUUAUGCAAACUGGCAAUAUUAGAGAUAAGCUUGGUCAGUCUAGAUGUUUUGGGGGGUUUUCUUAGACUUUUAAAGACAAUACUUAAACUUAACAUAAUAGAAGAUUAACAUUUAAUAGUGCAAUAAACGUAUGUGAUAGUGGAGCGCUAGGGAUAAUGAAAUAAUGCAGUUGUCUGUUUGGUUUUUAUUUAUAGAGACGUAGCAAAGAUAAUGUUGGUACUUGACAAAACAGGUUUAUUCACUGAAUAGUAGAGUGUGGUAUAAAGCCUUUAUUUUGGGAUAACGAGUUAUAACUUUCUCCAACCCAUCGAUUAGUAAUGGUAAUACUUGUUGAGGAAAUGUACUUUUUAAAAUAGAUCAUAAUACAGAUGAUCUUUUAUUUUUGGCCUCUUUAUUUUAAAUGGGUUGCCUUUCUUAAACAUUCAUUAUUUGAUGCACCCCCACCCUCCCACCAAUAUGUCAAAAGGACAAAAAGGGGACACUUUUAUUUUCGGGGGAAUGACCAUCAGGUUGGUUUACUUUAAGAUGUUUUAGCUGACUUCAUGGGCUACUGAUAAUCGGUAACUGAAAAUGUAAAUUAGGCAGACUAAUUUCUAAGCACAUUAAUGUUAUAAAGCUAAAUUGAGCUUUGUUUUGUUGAGCUAUGUUAUACAAACCAAAAAAAAAUGGAACCUUGUAGAAAAGAAGAUUUUCUGAAUAGAAGGGAGGGCCAGAAGAAUUUGAGUCCAAGGUAGGGACAAAAACAUCUAAACAGGAACAUUGCGGAUGGCUAUAUCUGACAUGUCAAAUAAAAUAUAGAAAAUGGCCAAUUCAUGUCCAGCCAACACUCAUUAGACCAAAGCUGUCCAAGGCUGUGUAGACUCCACUAAUUAGACCAGAGCUGUAAAGGAACACUAUACUGUUGGGAAUACUGUAUAUGAAAAAGAUUCAAUGCAAUCAGAGACACUGUAUCACAUAUCUGAUUGUAUAAUAGCUAGUGUAUGCCUUCCCCAUGUCUGUAUUUGGAAUUGCGAUUGUUCACUGCAGGCCUAUCACUUUAAAAAGUUAAAAAUAAUCAACUUUUCAGAUUGUUUAAGUUAAUUAGUCUAUUUUAUUAUUCAUUCAUUUAAAAAGGAUAGAUUUUACUAUGCAAUACCUGCUCACUUCCAUUAGAUCAAGUAACAGAUUAUCUUCUCUAUACAAGCUUUGGAAAUAUUUAUUUUUGGUUCAUGACGCAUUGAUCAUGUCAUUGGACAUCGACAGGAAAAAAACCUGUAGAUGCCUUUUGCUCCGUUAUCACAUAACAUGUGAAAUCUUUUGUAGUGCGGAUUUGUAACAUUUUAUCCAGGUAGCCUGAGAGGGUUCAUUUAGUUAUGUAAAUCACAAAUAGAUGUGACUGAACCCCAUACUUAAAAAAUAUCUUAAGAUCAAUUCAACCUUCUCACAAAUGCUUUCUAAAUACAAUUAUGGGAUUUCCUACUAUUGGGGGCGAUCUGUAUUACGAAAUAUGUGUGCUUAUAAAUAAUAGACAUGCAUACAUAUUAUUAUUAUUAUAUAAUCCGUUUAUCUCUUUAUGAAUUAACUGUUUAAUUUGUGUUCAUGGUAAGGAGAAAGAACACUAGAGGUGUGCAUUUGUUUUAUUUCGUUAUUAGCACGAAUAGUUUGAUUGUUCAUCAUAACUCCAGACUCGGUUUAUGCUUUCACGGUAUAGUGCAGGAGCAGGUAGCGAGUUUUGGAGAUGUAUUCGGACAUAUUCCAUAAUGCUUUCGUAGUAACAAAAAAUGAAAUUAAGACUAUUUAUAUUGAAGACAGAAUAUGGAGAAAUAACAGCAAACCUGUUUUAUAUCCUUCAUGAUUUAGAAAGUUUGUGCAACAUGAAAGGUCUAAUACAAAGUAUAUAAAUGUUUGUAUAUAUGUAUAUAUAAUAUGUAUAUAUGAGAUAUCAAUAUAUUAUUAUAUGGUACAAAAUGUUCUAGAGCGAACACCAACAUGACUUUACUCUGACCAUGAACAUUAUGCAACAAAUAUGUAAAAUUAUAGAAGAUAAAAACUGUUCACAACCUGUAAAGGGAAUUUUACAAAAUGUAUAAAAGUGGACGUUUGCAUGUGUUACAAGUUACAUAUUUUUACGUGUUCAGAAUUAGGAUUUUUAAACAACAGUAACAUGAGAUCACAUUUACAUCUCAAAAAAAAGUAGUAGUAGUGUAUCAUCAAUUAUGUAGCCAAUGAUGUCCUUACUGGCUUACAAUUUGUGGCCCGUUACCUACGAAACGUUUUGAAGAACUAUCUGCUUUGUAAGUGACAAUUAAUGCCUUUACAUCAGAUCCUCAUUUUAGAUAUUAGGGACCGUUAAUUUACAGCUCCCACCUGCGUUUUUGUUUUGUUUUUUUUUGUUUGUUUUUUUUCCCCCGCUACACAUCUUGUGUAGUAGUUCUGGCAAAAUAGGUACCAUCCAGAAUUUGAAUAACCAUUAUUUUAACAAAUACUUAAAGGGAAACUACAGUACCAUAAUCCCCACAGCUCACGGUAGUUCUUAUUGUACAAGGAGGCUAUGGGUACAGUCCCUCCAUUUUAUUUAAUUUAUUUUUUUAAAGCCAUUUUCAAGUGGUUUGACAAAAACCAAAGGAUUUGCGACAAUCAAAGCCUGCCCCCCUUUUUUAUUUUUCAUCCAGGGUGUCUGUAUAGGUAGGGUGUCUGUAUAGGUAAGCAGGAUUUGACAGUGCCAGAUGCCUGUUACCCCCCUUCAGUGGUGCCACAUUGACAGGCCCCCUACAGUACCAUAAUCCCCACAGCUCACGGUAGUUCUUAUUGUACAAGGAGGCUAUGGGUACAGUCCCUCCAUUUUAUUUUAUUUUAUUUUUUAAAGCCAUUUUCAAGUGGUUUGACCAAAAACCAAAGGAUUUGCGACAAUCAAAGCCUGCCCCCCUUUUUUAUUUUUCAUCCAGCGUGUCUGUAUAGGUAGGGUGUCUGUAUAGGUAAGCAGGAUUUGACAGUGCCAGAUGCCUGUUACCCCCCUUCAGUGGUGCCACAUUGACAGGCCCCCUACUAAAAAAAUGUAUCAGAUAGUUUAGCAAUGCCAAAACUGUGUCUUUUAAAUAUCUCACAAUUCAUCUUUUUGUUAGAUUCACCAGGGCUUUUGUGCCUUAAAAUUUGCACUGUUUGGGAUUCUGAAUUCCCCCCCCCCACAAAAAAAAACCCAAAAAUUGAAGGGCUGAGACUGUGUUGGUAUGCAUGAAUAAGGGUUAAUCUUUUGAUGAGAGAGCUCAUUAGCAAGCUCCUUGCUGUAUAUAAGUAUGUGCUAGAAGUUGUAAUAUACUGUUUGCCUUGGUAAUCGAUUGCUUUUAAUUAAACCAGUUAUUUGUGUGCAUUUUUCCUUUGUCAGUUUUAUGUGUAAGGUUCCAGAACACUAAACUACAAUGACUGUAUGAUCUUUAGUUCCAUCCUGUAGAUUCAUAUGUUUCUAAUUGCCAGACAAAAGGUUAAGAUGAUAUUCAAUAAACGCUUUAAAAAUAUAUAUACAUGUUACAUUGCUUGUGAAUAUUUAAAAUGGCUUGACCAAAGCUGUGAUUUCGAAGAUGUUUUCUUUCAUUUGUACAUUCUUGAAUAUUUGUUUUGCAGAAUAAAUUUUCUCUGUGACACUGAUUUUAUUAACUAUAGCAAACUAUACCCUAAAGAAAACGCAAAGAAAGGGCACCACCAGAGACAGGUAAAGAAAUAGACUUUAGUGUAUAAUAUAUUAAACAAUUCAGGCCAGUAUUGCUCUUGGAUUUCAUGUUCGAUGCCUUCAUUAGAGAUAGAAUCAUAUAGAUAAGCAUUACUAAAAUGGAAACCAAAUAAAUUUUACCAUACCUUUAAAUGAACACUCC